AUGUACCUCUCUUUAGGCAGGUGUAAUAAUGUUGGAGCAGCAGACAUAGUGUUCCUGAUAGAUGGCUCAUCAAGUAUCGGCAGGGCCAACUUCCUGCAAGUCAAGGGCUUCAUGGCUGGCAUCGUCAAGCCCUUCGCCAGCUCUGUGGGCCAAUCAGGGAUCCGCUUCGGGGCCGUGCAGUACAGCGACACCUCUAGGUCAGACACUGAGAGUCUUGUCUGUAAUGUUUGCUUCUACUAACAAUUAUCUGUUGGUACAAUACAUUAACAUUAACACUUGACUCUUCUUUCUUGUCUGUUACCAAUAGUUUUUUACCCCCUUAAUAAUGGUGAAUGGUUUUCCCCAGGUGAUGCAGUAGUUUAUUGUUGUGUGUUUUGUCCCAUUUAGGGUGGAGUUCACCUUCACCACCUACCUGAAUGGCACUGAGCUGGUCAGCGCUGUGGAGAACCUCAACUACAAGGGGGGAAACACUCGCACCGGUGCCGGCCUCAAAUUUGUCGCUGACAACUUUUUCAACCCCACCUCCACCCGGAACGUCUCAAAGGUCUGACAGAGGGAUAGAAUAGAUUGAAAGAGACUAUAUUUUGUCCCGUGACAGACCAUGACUUGACAUAUUCCUCUCUCUCUCUUUCUCUCUCUCUCUCUCUCUCUCUCUCUCUCUCUCUCUCUCUCUCUCUCUCUCUCUCUCUCUCUCUCUUUCUCUCAUGUAGGUCUGUAUACUGAUCACAGAUGGAAAGUCUCAAGACAAUGUAAGGGACCCAGCUCAGAAGCUACGGAGUCUGGGAGUGGAGAUGUUUGCAGUGGGUAGGUUUGUGAGAUCAAAUCAAAUCAACGUUUAUUUGUCAUGUGCACAGAAUAAAUGCUUACUUGCAAGCACUCAAGUACAAAUAUCAAAAGUCAAAGUUGUAAAAAUAUGAAAUGUGCUAUGUAAAUUAUGACUGUUAUUUACAAGUAGUGAAGUGAAUAGUGACUUGGUUGAGCAGCUUAAAUAAAUAGUAAUAAAUAGUAACAGCAAUGAUGACCAUAAGUGUGUGCGUGUGUGUGAGUUGUGAGUGUGUGUGUGUGUAUGGGUUGGGUGUAUUGAGAGUCAGUGCAAGUAGUCUCGUAAGGUGCAGGUGAAUAGCAAGCAGGUCUGUGCAGGUAGACAAAUAGGGUUAGCUGUUCAGCAGUCUUAUGGCUUGGAGGUAGAAGCUGUCUCGGAACCUGUUGGUCGAGACCUGAUGCUCCAAUACCGUCUGACUUGCCACAUUGACUCAUUAAUCCCGACCACAAGCCUCAGGCGGUAUAUCUUGAUAGUGUGUGUGUGUACGGUAUUUGACUGGUUGUUUUUGUCUCUGUCAGGUAUAAAGAGUGCAGACCAGACUGAGUUGGCUCUGAUAGCCACUCCUCCUCAGAGAGACUACACAUUCUUUGUGGGGGACUUUAAGCUGCUCAACACACUGCUCUCCCUGGUGGGCCCGCGUGUGUGUUCCAGCUCAGGUGGAGUCUACGCUAGCGAUGGUAAACACACACUGCCAUACAUUACACUGGAACAGACUCAGCUCAGUACAAUACAUUACUGUCUAUUACACAAUAAAAAUCACCUCUCAUUGUCUUCCCUCUCCUCCACACACCAUCUCUUUCUCUUUCUCUUUCUCUCUUUUUCUGGCAGAGGCCUUUUCCGGUCCCUCUAACCUCCAGUUCUCAAGCCAGACCUCUGAUUCGCUCAGGAUCCGGUGGACUCCCGCAGGGGGGCCUGUGAGUGGCUAUGUGGUGCAGUACACACCCCUUUCUGGCCUGGGCCAGCCAAUCACAGCGGAGCUGCAUCAGGUGGGCACUGCUGGUUGGGUGGGGGGGUGUGGUGUUCAUUCCUGACUCAGGGGAUGGGCAGCAGGCAGCAGUUCAUACUGUAAAUGUGACCCAGAUUCUAAUUGCUCAUUGUAGUUUUGGGAGCCUGCUACAUGGCAGACAGACAGAGAGACAGAGAGGGAUUUGGUUGAGUAGGAACAUGUUUUAAUGGGUGGAUCUAGAGUUUGAUUGAGUUUCUGUGUCUGUGCAGAUUAAACGUUGGCUGGAAAACAGUGAAAUUCCCGGUCUGUGACUGUGUGUUGGUAAUCAUGACUCAUGACCAUAAUAAAGAAUGGCAUAGAUUAGUCUGUGAACAUUCACCCCAGUCAAAGGCUUUGACAAAACCUGUUGCUAUGCAAUAACAUUGAAUACCUAUUUACAGCAGGAGCUUUGAAUGUUGGCUUACAUUUGUCUGAGGUGCACAAGUGCAAUUCUCGAGUUCCACAAUCAUGCUGGUCUUUUUUAUUUAUAUUUUUUAUGGGGGGUAGAUCAGCUUAAUAUUGCAGAAAGAUUGUAACUUCCAUCAAUGUAAUUGUCUGCAUCACUUCCAAUCCCCCAUGUUAUUUAUAUAUAUAUAUACACAUAUAUUCACAUAUACAGUGGGGAGAACAAGUAUUUGAUACACUGCCGAUUUUGCAGGUUUUCCUACUUACAAAGCAUGUAGAGGUCUGUAAUUUUUAUCAUAGGUACACUUCAACUGUGAGAGACGGAAUCUAAAACAAAAAUCCAGAAAAUCACAUUAUAUGAUUUUAAAGUAAUUAAUAAGCAUUUUAUUGCAUGACAUAAGUAUUUGAUCACCUACCAACCAGUAAGAAUUCCGGCUCUCACAGACCUGUUAGUUUUUCUUUAUGUAGCCCUCCUGUUCUUCACUCAUUACCUGUAUUAACUGCACCUGUUUGAACUCGUUACCUGUAUAAAAGACACCUGUCCACACACUCAAUCAAACAGACUCCAACCUCUCCACAAUGGCCAAGACAAGAGAGCUGUGUAAGGACAUCAGGGAUAAAAUUGUAGACCUGCACAAGGCUGGGAUGGGCUACAGGACAAUAGGCAAGCAGCUGGUGAGAAGGCAACAACUGUUGGCGUAAUUAUUAGAAAAUGGAAGAAGUUCAAGAUGACAGUCAAUCACCCUCGGUCUGGGGCUCCAUGCAAGAUCUCACCUCGUGGGGCAUCAAUGAUCAUGAGGAAGGUGAGGGAUCAGCCCAGAACUACACGGCAGGACCUGGUCAAUGACCUGAAGAGAGCUGGGACCACAGUCUCAAAGAAAACCAUUAGUAACACACUACGCCGUCAUGGAUUAAAAUCCUGCAGCGCACGCAAGGUCCCCCUGCUCAAGCCAGCGCAUGUUCAGGCCCGUCUGAAGUUUGCCAAUGACCAUCUGGAUGAUCCAGAGGAGGAAUGGGAGAAGGCCAUGUGGUCUGAUGAGCCAAAAAUAGAGCUUUUUGGUCUAAACUCCACUCGUCGUAUUUGGAGGAAGAAGAAGGAUGAGUACAACCCCAAGAACACCAUCCCAACCGUGAAGCAUGGAGGUGGAAACAUCAUUCUUUGGGGAUGCUUUUCUGCAAAGGGGACAGGACGACUGCACCAUAUUGAGGGGAGGAUGGAUGGGGCCAUGUAUCGCGAGAUCUUGGCCAACAACCUCCUUCCCUCAGUAAAAGCAUUGAAGAUGGGCCGUGGCUGGGUCUUCCAGCAUGACAACGACCCGAAACACACAGCCAGGGCAACUAAGGAGUGGCUCCGUAAGAAGCAUCUCAAGGUCCUGGAGUGGCCUAGCCAGUCUCCAGACCUGAACCCAAUAGAAAAUCUUUGGAGGGAGCUGGAAGUCCGUAUUGCCCAGCGACAGCCCCGAAACCUGAAGGAUCUGGAGAAGGUCUGUAUGGAGGAGUGGGCCAAAAUCCCUGCUGCAGUGUGUGCAAACCUGGUCAAGACCUACAGGAAACAUAUGAUCUCUGUAAUUGCAAACAAUGGUUUCUGUUCCAAAUAUGAAGCUCUGCUUUUCUGAUGUAUCAAAUACUUAUGUCAUGCAAUAAAAUGCAAAUUCAUUACUUAAAAAUCAUACAAUGUGAUUUUCUGGAUUUUUGUUUUAGAUUCCGUCUCUCACAGUUGAAGUGUACCUAUGAUAAAAAUUACAGACCUCUACAUGCUUUGUAAGUAGGAAAACCAGCAAAAUCGGCAGUGUAUCAAAUACUUGUUCUCCCCACUGUAUACACACAUACACACAUACAUACAUACAUACAUACAUACACAUACAUAUCCUUUAAAAAAUAUAUAUAUUCCCCUUUAUUACUUUCCAACCCCGCCACCCUUUCCCUACUUGGAGUAAACUAGUGAACAACAAUGCUUAGGCCUCUACUUCCAGCUUAUACUUACUAUCUACAUUUUAUGGACACUGUCAAUUUUACAAUAAUUAUAUUUUGUUUGUUUUUUCUCCUGAACUUCUUCAACUCUCAACCUCUCCGAUCAUUUUCAUGAUGUCCAUCCGGUUUGCUUCUAUAUGCCAUAUCUUUCUAACUGUGCUCUUUCACAAAAGCUCCCAACCUACAACCUAUAUACUUGUUAUGGACACAGUAUGCUUACAUUAUUAGUUAUCUUGUUAUUAUUUGUUGUUAGUUGUUAUUAGUCCCAUCCUUCAAUUCCAUUCAACACCUCCCAUCUAUCUCUUAACACCAUCCAUAUAGGAUUUCUAUUUGCCAUAAGUUCUGAACCUUUCUAUUCUCAUUGUUUCUACAGAUUGUGAAUUGAAAAUAAACAUUUUUGUUAAAUGUAUUAUUAUAUUAUUGAUCAAUUGACUAUGACUUAUCAGAUCACCCAGUAAUGCUAUCCGUAAGGUUAGCUCCAGGUAAAUAUUGCAAUCCUUUAGCCAUUCCUGGAACUGUGUCCAAAAACAAGCUACAAAAGGACAGUACCAAAACAAAUGAUCUAGUGAUUCUGUCUCUUCGCAGCAAAAUCUGCAGAGCUGGGAAGAUUGUAUCCCCUAUAUAAAUAACAUUCUAUUGGUAGCAAGAAUUUUAUAUAAUAAUUUAAAUUGAAAGAUUCUAAGUUUUGAAUCCGGCGUCGUUUUGCGUAUCAGCUCAUAAACACUAUGCCAUGGGAUCGGUAUGUCAAAAAUCUCUUCCCAACUAUUUUGCAAUCUAUAUGGGAUGGCUGUCAAUCCUUUGGUCCUUAAAUGAAACUGAUAUACUUUUUUAUUUAUCACAGUUUUCCUUAACCAAUUUUGUUAUUUAAUGCAAGGCCGACAGACAAGUUCCUUACUUUCUCCCCCUUCCACUUUCCUCUUCCAUUUUUGCGGUAAGGCUGCAAUUAUUUUGUUGUAUUUUGGGUAGAGCAGACAUUUCCAUAUGUUUUUUUUAGCUGCAUAACUCCACCAGUCCUACCGAUGAUAUCAUUUCCGAAGAUUAUACCUUUUUUAAACAUUUUGUCAAAAAAAACGUUUUUUUUUGUCAAUUAGUUUAAAUUUGAGUUUAACCACAAUAUUUGUUGCAUUAUUUGUUCUGUAGUUUCUGGAGGAUUAAAUUGAAAUUGCAACCAACUUUCUAUGGCUUGUUUUAGAAAUAGUGAUAUUUGGGAGAUGAUUUCCUUUUCAAAUAACUGAAAGUGAGUGGUUGUAAUCUGAAUAAAAGGAAAAAGGCCAUUCUUGAACAUUGGGUGAGACAAUCUUACCAGUUCGGAUUUAAGUAUAACUUUUGUAUGACUGAAGCUUUUAGUGAUAGGUCUAAUGCUUUAAUAUUUAAUAAUUUCUGUCCUCCGAAUUCAUAUUCAAUAUAUAAAUAGGCCCGUUUAAUUUUGACUGGCUUGCCGUUCCAAAUCAAUUGGAAUAUUUUUUUCUCAUAUAAUUUAAAAAACUUUUCGCUAGGCGUAGGCAAGACCAUAAGCAAAUGGGUAAACUGGGAUAAUACUAAAGAGUUAAUAAGGGUGAUUUUUCCACAAAUUGACAGGUAUGUACCUUUCCAUGGUAGCACGAUCUUAUCUAUUUUUGCUAACUUUCUAUUAAAAUUGAUUGAAGUGAGAUCAUUUAUUUCCUUUGGGAUAUGUAUUCCGAGUAUAUCCACAUCACCAUCAGACCAUUUUAUUGGUAAACUACAUGAGAAUGUAGAAAUUGUAUUUUUUAGUGAUCCAAUACGUAAUAUAGUACAUUUGUCAUAAUUUGGUUGUAAUCCAGAGAGGUUAGAAAAUGUAUCUAGAUAUAUAUAUCCUCUAUGAGGCUGUGGAGGGAUUGUAGUUGUGGAUUUAAAAGAAAAUAAUCAUCAGCGUACAAUGACACCUUUGUUUUUAAGCCCUGGAUUUCUAAUCCCCUGAUAUUAUUGUUGAAUCUGAUUUUAAUAGCUAACAUCUCGCUGGCCACAAUAAAUAGAUAAGCCGAUAGUGGACAAACUUGUUUUACUCCUCUUGACAGUUUAAAACUUUCGGAGAAAUAGCCAUUAUUUACUAUUUUACACCUAGGGUUACUAUACAUGAUUUUGACCCAUUUUAUAAGAGAUUUGCUCCAGGCAUUUAUAUAUAAACCCCAGUCGUACUUUAUCAAAUGCCUUUUCGAAGUCUGCUAUGAAUAGCAGGCCUGGUUUCCCAGAUUUUCCAUAGUGUUCUAUUGUUUCCAAUACUUGCCUUAUAUUAUCUCCAAUGUAUCUUCCAUGUAAAAAACCUGUCUGAUUAGAAUGAAUAAUAUCCUCGACAUGCUGGUCUUUGUGAUACGGUUUGUAUAGAGAGUGCACACACACCUAGUUUCUCAGGUAUAAACCAGUAUCUGGUCAAAAACCAGCUGACACUGCAGCCCUUUUACGAACCAGAACUAUGCACCCCUGUCUCCUGUACUUACCCCUCUCUCCCCCCUGUCUACCCCUGCAGGAGACAGUGUCUGCAGGUCAGAGGAGCUUUGUGGCCAAAGAGCUGAAGUCAGGGACAGACUACCUGGUGACGAUCAUCACCCAAUACCCCAACAGUGUGGGAGAGCCUGUGUUUGCCAAGGCACGAACCAGUGAGUACACAGAGCGGGUCGGACAGAGGGAGAAUGGGAGGGAGGGGGUAGGAGAGAUGAGAUGAGAAGAUUAGAUAAUUAGAAACCAAGGCACGAAUAAGUGAGUACACAGAGAGAGAUGGAGGAAGAGGAGGGGGGAUGAAAGUAGGGAGGAGAGAAGGAGAGAGUCAUUUCAAUAAAGUUAAAUUACAUUUGACAGACGAGUGUGGAUGGGGAAGAUAUUUGGUAUUUUAUUAGGAUCCUCAUUAGCUGUUGCAAAAGCAGCAGCUACUCUUCCUGGGGUCCACACAAAACAUGAAACAUGACAUAAUACAGAACAUUAAUAGACAAGAACAGCUCAAGGACAGAACUACAUAAAACAUUUUUUUAAAGGCACACGUAGCCUACAUAUCAAUACAUACACACAAACUAUCUAGAUCAAAUAGGGGAGAGGCGUUGUGCUGUGAGGUGUUGCUUUAUCUGUUUUUUUAAACAAGGUUUGCUGUUUAUUUGAGCAAUAUGAGAUGGAGUUCCAUGCAAUAAUGGCUCUAUAUAAUACUGUACGCUUUCUUGAAUUUGUUCUGGAUUUGGGGACUGUGAAAAGACCCCUGGUGACAUGUCUGGUGGGGUAAGUGUGUGUGUCAGAGCUGUGUGUAAGUUGACUGUGCAAACAAUUUGGGAUUUUCAACACAAUGUUUCUUAUAAAAAGAAGUGAUGCAGUCAGUCUCUCCUCAACUCUUAGCCAAGAGAGACUGGCAUGCAUAGUAUUUAUAUCAUCCCUCUGAUUACAAUGAAGAGCAAGACGUGCCGCUCUGUUCUGGGCCAGCUGCAGCUUAACUAGGUCUUUCCUUUCAGCACUCGACCACACGACUGGACAAUAAUCAAGAUAAGAAAAAACUAGCCUUGCAGAACUUGCUUUUUGGAGUGUGAUGUCAAAAAAGCAGAGCAUAUUUUUAUUAGGGACAGAUCUCUCCCCAUCUUUACAACCAUUGAAUCUAUAUGUUUUGACCAUGACAGUUUACAAUCUAAGGUAACGCCAAGUAAUUUAGUCUCCUUAAACACCAUUUUUUCCAACAGUUUGCUAUGAGCUGGCAGCAAGCCUGUUAGAACCAGUGAAGGCCGCUUUACCACUUUUGGGAUAGCGGAAUUACUUUGGCUUACCUCCAGGCCUGAGGACAAAUACUUUCCUCUAGGCUCAGAUUAAAGAUAUGACAGAUAGGAGCGGCUAUAGAGUCAGCUACCAUCCUCAGUAGCUUUCCAUCUUUCCAAGUUGUCAAUGCCAGGAGGUUUGUCAUUAUUGAUCGAUAACAAUAAUUUUUCCACCUCUCCCACGCUAACUUUACAAAAUUCAACUUGCAAUUUUUUAAAUGCAUGAAUAUGAUGGCUCACUGUUCGUUGUUGGUUCGUUGUUGUUCUGUUUGACCUAAUUUCUACCAGCAUGUCACAUGUGCAACCAGAGGGAAAAAAAUAUUUUACUCCAAACAUAGAGACACGUACAAAGCUCUCCCUCGAUCCUCCAUUUGGCAAGUCUGACCAUAAUUCUAUCCUCCUGAUUCCUGCUUACAAGCAAAAACUCAAGCAGGAAGUACCAGUGACUCUCUCAAUACGGAAGUGGUCUGAUGACGUGGAGGCUAAGCUACAGGACUGUUUUGCUAGCAAAGACUGGAAUAUGUUCCGGGAUUCAUCCGAUAGCAUUGAAGAGUACAGUCGUGGUGAAAAGUUUUGAGAAGGACACAAAUACUAAUUUUCACAAAGUCUGCUGCCUCAGUUUUGAUGAUGGCAGUUUGCAUAUACUCCAGAAUGUCAUGAAGAGUGAUCAGAUGAAUUGCAAAUAAUUGCAAAGUCCCUCUUUGCCAUGAAAAUGAACUUAAUCCCCCCAAAAUAUUUCCACUGCAUUUCAGCCCUGCCACAAAAGGACCAGCUGCCAUCAUGUCAGUGAUUCUCUCGUUAACACAGGCGAGAGUGUUGACGAGGACAAGGCUGGAGAUCAAUCUGUCAUGCUGAUUGAGUUAGAAUAACAGACUGGAAGCUUUAAAAGGAGGGUGGUGCUUGAAAUCAUUGUUAUUCCUCUGUUAAUGUCACGAUCGUCGUAAGAACCGGACCAAGGCGCAGCGUGAUAGGCAUACAUCUUUUAAUGAGUACUUUAACACAUGAACAAAACAACAAAACGAUACGUGAAGUCUAAAGGUUCACCAACACAAACCUAUACAGAUCAAGAUCCCAGAAAUAACUGUGCAAAACAGGCUGCCUAAGUAUGGUUCCCAAUCAGAGACAACGAGCAACAGCUGCCUCUGAUCGGGAACCACCCUGGCCAACAUAGAUCUAAACAAUCUAGAAUAAACACAUAGAAACUACAACAUAGAAACUAACACCCUGGCUCAACAUAAGAGUCCCCAGAGCCAGGGCGUGACAGUUAACCAUGGUUACCUGCAAGGAAACAUGUGCCGUCAUCAUUGCUUUGCACAAAAAGGGCAUCACAGGCAAGGAUAUUGCUGCUAGUAAGAUUGCACCUAAAUCAACCAUUUAUCGGAUCAUCAAGAACUUCAAGGAGAGAGGUUCAACUGUUGUGAAGAAGGCUUCAGGGCCAAGAAAGUCCAGCAAGCGCCAGGACUGUCUCACCACCAGUGCAGAGCUUGCUCAGGAAUGGCAGCAGGCAGGUGUGAGUGCAUCUGCACGCACAGUGAGUUGAAGACUUUUGGAGGAUGGCCUGGUGUCAAGAAGGGCAGCAAAGAAGACACUUCUCUCCAGGAAAAACCUCAGGGACAGACUGAUAUUCUGCAAAAGGAACAGUGAUUGGACUGCUGAGGACUGGGGUAAAGUCAUUUUCUCUGAUGAAUCCCCUUUCCGAUUGUUUGGGGCAUCCGGAAAACACCUUGUCCGGAGAAGACAAGGUGAGCGCUACCAUCAGUCCUGUGUCAUGCCAACAGUAAAGCAUCCUGAGACCAUUCAUGUGUGGGGCUGCUUCUCAGCCAAGGGAGUGGGCUCACUCACAAUUUUGCCUAAGAACACAGCCAUGAAUAAAGAAUGGUACCAACACAUCCUCAGAGAGCAACUUCUCCCAACCAUCCAAGAACAGUUUGGUGAUGACCAAUGCCUUUUCCAGCAUGAUGGAGCACCUUGCCAUAAGGCAAAAGUGAAAACUAAGUGGCUCGGGGAACAAAACAUUGACAUUUUGGGUCCAUGGCCAGGAAACUCCCCAGACCUUAAUCCCAUUGAGAACUUGUAGUCGAUCCUCAAGAGGCGAGUGGACAAACAAAAACCAACUAAUUCUGACAAACUCCAAAUAUUGAUUAUGCAAGAAUGGGCUGCCAUCAGUCAGGAUGUUGCCCAGAAGUUAUUUGACAGCAUGCCAGGGCGGAUUGCAGAGGUCUUGAAAAAGAAGGGUCAACACUGCAAAUAUUGACUCUUUGCAUAAACUUAAUGUAAUUGUCAAUAAAAGCCUUUGACACUUAUGGAAUGCUUGUAAUUAUACUCCAGUAUACCAUAGUAACAUCUGAAACAAAUAUCUCAUAACACUGAAGCAGCGAACUUUGUGAAGACCAAUACUUAAGUCAUUCUCAAAACUUUUGACCACGACUGUAUACCACAUCAGUCAUCGGCUUCAUCAAUAAUUGCACUGACAACGUCGUCCCCACAGUGACUGUACGUACAUAUCCCAACCAGAAGCCAUGAUUAGAGGGAACAUCUGCACUGAGCUAAAGGCUAGAGCUGCCGCUUUCAAGGAGCGGGACACUAAUCUGGACGUUUAUAAGAAAUCCCGCUAUGCCCUCCGACGAACCAUCAAACAGGCAAAGCGUCAAUACAGGACUAAUAUUGAAUCCUACUACACCGGCUCUGACGCUCGUUGGAUGUGGUAGGACUUGCAAACUAUUACGGAUUACAAAGGGAAACCCAGCCGCGAGCUGCCCAGUGAUGCGAGCCUACCUGACGAGCUAAAUGCCUUCUAUGCUCGCUUUGAGGCAAGCAACACUGAAGCAUGCAUGAGAGAACGAGCUGUUCUGGACGACUAUUUGAUCACGCUCUCCAUAGCUGAUGUGAGUAAGACCUUUAAACGGCCAGACGGAUUAUCAGGACGCAUACUCAGAGCAUGCACUGACCAACUGCCAAGUGUCUUCACUGACAUUUUAAACCUCUCCCUGACGGAGUCUGUAAUACCUACUUGUGUCAAGCAGACCAACCUAGUCCCUGUACCCAAGAACGCCAAGGUAACCUGCCUAAAUGACUACCACCCCAUAGCACUCACGUCGGUAGCCAUGAAGUGCUUUGAAAGGCUGGUCAUGGCUCACAUCAACACAAUCAUCCCAGAAACCCUAGACCCACUACAAUUUGCAUACCGGCCCAACAGAUCCACAGAGGACGCAAUCUCUAUUGCACUCCACACUGCCCUUUCCCACCUGGACAAAAGGAACACCUACAUGAGAACGCUGUUUGUUGACUACAGCUCAGCGUUCAACACCAUAGUGCCCUCAAAGCUUAUCACUAAGGUAAGGACUCUGGGAAGGAACACCUCCCUCUGCAACUGGAUCCUGGACUUCCUGAUGGGCCGCCCCCAGGUGGUAAGGGUAGGUAACAACACAUCUGCCACACUGAUCCUCAGCACGGGGGCCCCUCAGGGGUGCGUGCUCAGUCCCCUCCUGUACUCCCUGUUCACUCAUGACUGCAUUGCCAGGCACGACUCCAAUACCAUCAUUAAGUUUGCCGAUGACACAACGGUGGUAGGCCUGAUCACCGACAACGAUGAGACAGUCUAUAGGGAGGAGGUCAGAGACCUGGCAGUGUGGUGCCAGGACAACAACCUCUCCCUCAACGUCAGCAAGACAAAAGAGCUGAUCGUGGACUACAGGAAAAGGAGGGCCAAGAACGCCCCCAUUCACAUAGACGGGGCUGUAGUGGAGCGGGUCGAGAGCUUCAAAUUCCUUGGUGUCCACAUCACUAACAAACUAUCAUGGUCCAAACACACCAAGACAGUCGUGAAGAGGUCAUGACAAUGCCUAUUCCCCCUCAGGAGACUGAAAAAAAUUGGCAUGGGUCCUCAGAUCAUCAAAAAGUUUUACAGCUGCACCAUCGAGAGCCUCCUGACUGGUUGCAUCACCGCUUGGUAUGGCAACUGCUCGGCAUCCGACUACAAGGCGCUACAUAGGGUAGUGCGUACCUCCCAGUACAUCAAUGGGGCCAAGCUUCCUGCCAUCCAGGACCUCUAUACUAGGCGGUGUCAGAGGAAAGCCCUAAAAAUGGUCAAAGACUUCAUCCACCCUAGUCAUAGACUGUUGUCUCUGCUACCACACGGCAAGCGCCAAGUCCAAAAGGCUCCUUAACAGCUUCUACCCUCAAGCCAUAAAACUGGUGAACAGUUAAUCAAAUGGCUACCCGGACCAUUUGCAUUGACCCACCAUUUUUUAACGCUGCUGCUACUCGCUGUUUAUUAUCUAUGCAUAGUCACUUUACCCCUAUGUACAUAUUACCUCAAUUACCUCAACUAACCUGCACCCCCGCACAUUGAAUCGGUACCGGUACCCCAUGUAUAUAGCCUCGUUAUUAUUAUUUUUAUUUUUAUUUUUCUUUCUUGCUUAAGUUUUUUUCUUUCUUUAAAAAUAUUUUCUUACUUACUUUUUUAAAAAUUCAGCAUUGUUGGUUAAGGGCUUGUAAGUAAGCAUUUCACGGUAAGAUCUACACCUGUUGUAUUCGGCACAAGUGUCAAAUAAAAUUGGAUUUUAUUUUAUUUUGAUAUACACAAUUUACAAAAUACAAUAUAAUACAAAUAUACAAAAUUACAAACACCCUCAAGAAAAUCAGUCAUUGUCACGCCCUGGCUCUGGGGACACUGUUAUGUUGAGCCAGGGUGUGUAAUUCUAUGUUUGUAUUUCUAUGUUGGCCUGAGUGACUCCCAAUCAGAGGCAACGAGUGUCAGCUGGUUGUCUCUGAUUGGGAGCCAUAUUUAACUGUCUGUCUUUCACUUUGUGUUUGUGGUUUCUUGUUCUUAUUUGGUUUGUGUUAUACCGUAGACGUCACGUUAUCGUUGUUGUUUUGAUCGUGUGAUCAUUCUAAAUAAAUAAUAUGUUCACCUUCAACGCUGCGCCUUGGUCCUCCUCAGACGAUCGUGACAGAAGAAACCACCAAGAUGUGACCAAGCAGCGUGUCCAGGAGCCAUCGCCAGGGAGAUCUCUAACAGAUCUCCUUCGCCUCCUCGACUGGGUCAAGCCGGAUGAGGAGGAGAGGGGCUUGACAUUGUGGCAGAAGGGCGAACGGCUGGCGAGGGACAUGGAGACCUUGGCCACGGGUAGGAGUGAAGCCCAGAAAUUUUUUAGGGGGGGGCUAACGGCGUGGACGACGGGCCAGCAGGAGACCGCGGCAGAGCGGCCCAGCGGAUUGGUAGAGGAGGCCGCCAGGUUACGGGGGCCACUGGUCGAAGAGGGGGUGGAAGAUGUAGAGGCACGGCGAGAGGUACUGGCGUGUGUUGCCAGUCCGGUCCGGCCUGUUCCUGAUCCCCACGUAGGGCCAGUGGUGUGUGUUCCCAGUACGGUCCGGCCUGUUCCUGCCACUCGCACCAAGUCUACGGUGCGCAUCGCCAGCCCUGUCCGGCCCGUUCCUGCUCUCCGCACCAAGUCUGUGGUGCGCGUCGCCAGCCCAGUCCGGCCCAUUCCUGCUCUCCGCACCAAGUCUGUGGUGCGCGUCGCCAGCCCAGUCCGGCCCAUUCCUGCUCCCCGCACCAAGUCUGUGGUGCGUUUCGUCAGCCCGGCUCGGCCCGUUCCUGCUCCCCACACCAAGUCUACGGUGGGUGUCGCCAGCUCGGCCCGGCCUGCUCCCCACACCAAGCCAGUGGUGUGCGUCGUCAGUCCAGCACGGCCCGUGCCUGUUCCCCACACCAAGCCAGUGGUGUGCGUCGUCGGUCCGGCACGGCCCGUGCCUGUUCCACUGGUGCCUGGUCCGGCACCGGUCAGAUGCGUUACGCCGGAGCUAGAGCAAUCCGCUCCAUCAGUGUGCAGUCCAGCUCCGGCCAGCGGGGCCAGACCGGACCAGGGGUACUUUGGGGGGUUGGAGAGGGAGUGGGGAUCAGGCCCGGAGCCGGAUCCGCCGCCAAGGCGGAGUGCCCACCCGGUCCCUCCCCUGUGGUAUUUAGUUGGCGCGGUCGGAGUCCGCGCCUUUAGGGGGGGUACUGUCACGCCCUGGCUCUGGGGACACUGUUAUGUUGAGCCAGGGUGUGUAAUUCUAUGUUUGUAUUUCUAUGUUGGCCUGAGUGACUCCCAAUCAGAGGCAACGAGUGUCAGCUGGUUGUCUCUGAUUGGGAGCCAUAUUUAACUGUCUGUCUUUCACUUUGUGUUUGUGGUUUCUUGUUCUUAUUUGGUUUGUGUUAUACCGUAGACGUCACGUUAUCGUUGUUGUUUUGAUCGUGUGAUCAUUCUAAAUAAAUAAUAUGUUCACCUUCAACGCUGCGCCUUGGUCCUCCUCAGACGAUCGUGACAGUCACAUUCCCCAAUCAGCUGCCAAUCAGCAUGUUGAACUGCCCGAUGUAUGGAACUCUGUAGAUUGAUCCAUACAUGGGGUGCAAAGAAACUAAAAGCAGAUUUACCUAACUCUGAAGAGACCGAAGAGAUUUCAAGAGUUAGCCAUCCCUGAGACCGGGUAUGGUUAGUCGUACGUCUGAUGGUUAUUAUUGAUGUUAGGUAUGGUGGGAGUUUUUGUAAGAUAUCUUUAUAGAUAAAAAGAGAGCAAUAAAUCGACCUACAAGACUUCAAAGAGGGCCAGCCUACUUUCUGGUAAAGAAUGCAGUGAUGUGUACUGAACCUGUCGCCUGUAAUAAAACGAGGUGUGCUAUGGUAAACUGCAUCUAGCGGCUUUAAUGAAGUGAAGAACCAUAUCAACAGUCUUUCUUUGCCCUCAAUGACAUGCCAUAUCAUCCUCUCUCUCCACGUCUUUCCUAAGUCAUUCACUUCAAAUACUUCCCAAUGUGUCACUCUUCCAUGUGAAGCCAUACCAUCAUCCUCAUAGGAUACACCUCUCAUCUGCCUCUCAUCCCUCCCUUCCUCCAUCAUCCCUUUUUCUCUCUCCCUCCCUUCUCCAUCCCUUGUUUCUCAGAGUCUCUACCAGGGGUGUCUGGUCUUCGUCUGGUCCAGGCUGGUUUCUUCUCCCUCUCUCUGGCCUGGAAUGCCCCCACAUCACAGAUCCAGGGCUACAGACUCACCUACGGACCCAGAGGUCAGACACGCACGCACACACACGCACACACAUGCACGCACGCACGCACACACAAACGCAUACACACACACACACACACACUUUCACACUCUGCUUACUCUAAUCAUACUCACAUUAUUUACGCAUGAAGGACAAAUACCACACAACAUUCUGUGGGCCACGCCAAGCCGUCUUGUUAACUGUCAUUCUAAAACGCUUAACUCCUCACACAUCUCUUUUUGGCAGGUGAGCGUGUAACAGAGAGCGAAAGGGAGGGAGGGAGAGGAGGGAUGAGGAUAAUAGAUCAUAGAUAACCUGCAGGUGGCAAAUUGAGAGAGGGAAAUCUGUGUGUAGAUUUAUGGACAUCAGGGUAGUAUGCAGUACUAUGGUGGAGAUGAGAUGUUGUCUCACCUUAUACCGCCCUCCAGCUCUCCCUGUCUAUCAGAAGAGUUUUAUUACCCAAUCAUUACCACAAAUAUCACAUACACUUUACAGAGAGCUUUACAUAGACUUUAAAAACUGUGCAGAAGAGACUAAGGGAGACUUCAGGUAAGUGAACUAAUGAUUGAAUGUAGAGGCUGAAUCUGAAGAGGAGAUAAUGUGGCUGCGUUUUGAGAUACGAUACGAGAAAAGGGAUGUGUUAUGUUAAAUAGAUCUAUGGGGUGUGUUGAGGUGCGUGGCAUGACAUGUGAGAAAAAGGCCCCAUACACACACACACACACACACACACACACACACACACACACACACCAUAACUCAGUGCGGCAGCUCCAUCCCUGAGUCAGGGCGUGGCAGGAGUACCAGUCUCACAUGGAGAACCUUUAGGAGGAGAGACUGGCACUCUUGUGUGUCUUUGUUUUAAAUUAGGUCAAUGUGUAUUCUGUAAGGAGAUGUGGGAUGUUUCUACCUCUCUCUGUGAAUCCCACUGCAAGCAACUGCAAACCCUAAUUCAUGCAACCAGUACACCCACACUACCACACACCCUCUGUUUACCUUGUCUGUGAUAGGAUGAAGAUCUGUGCCUAUGGCUCCAGGCAACACAUUCCUCUAUGGCUGGCCCGUUGCCUUGGUGGCAUGUUACCUUGGUGACAGCCUGACAGGCUGGGUGGGGCAAGUGUUGCUUCAGUCUGCAGGUCAUGGUACUGACAGACAGACAGACAGACAGACAGACACAGACAGACUGUUCUUGCUCUUUCUUACAUCAUACACAUACACUACAAGCAUAAGCAAGUGCAUUUAAAGAUGUGAAUAGUGAGCUGUCUAUUUACUUGUAUGUUGCCUCCUCUAACCCUUGUGUGAUUGGCUGGCUGUGAUUGAUUGACAGGUCAGCCUGCAGCCCAGCUAUUGGAGCAGUCUCUGGCUGCAGACUCCACCUCUGUCACCCUGGAGAGGCUACUGCCAGACACAGAAUACGUCCUCACCCUAUACCCCCUGUUCCCCCGAAACUCUGCCUCCCCCGCCACCCUAACCUCACGCACAUGUAAGUACGCCUUACCCCUUCUCUCCCAUUACCCGCAGUCAGUACUGCAUGAUGCAUCAUUAUAUCAUCUUCAGUUUUAAGUGCACAUUAUUUGUGUGAAUCAUUGUUUUUCAAUGGAAAAGGUGCACAGAAGUUCUACAGUUGGCAUACAACAAAAGAGAUGUGUGCUGCAAAGUUCCUGUGCCUGAACUUUCCAUGCUCCUGAGCCUGCCCUUACAGCAAGCACAGUGCCUUGUGCAAGUAAUGUGAAGGCUACAUUAAAGUAACUAUCCAGUGUUUCCAGAUGUCUAUGAAAUAUGAGCUAUAAUUAAUUACAAUAUGAGUGAGAUGAUAGUUUUCCUUCCAUAAAAUGUUGAUUAAGUACCGUAAAACUUCAGUUAAACGCAGUCUCAAAUAGCCGCGCAACGGCACAUAUUUCAGCAAAUACAAUUUCAAAUAAACACUGGGUCUAAAUGAAUUAUUUACGAGGUUACCAUGAAUUACCAUUAAUUGUUUACGAGGUUUAAUGUUUGAUUUGUUAAACAUUUGUACAUUUUAGUCAUUUAGCAGACGCUCUUAUCCAAAGUGACUUACAGUUAGUGCAUUAAGAUAGCUAGGUGUGACAACCACAUAUCACAGGCAUAGAAAGUACAUUUUUCCUCAAUAAUGUAGCUAUCAGUAGAUUCAGAGUGUCAAGUGCAAGUGCUGGUAAUUUUUUAUUUAUUAUAUAUAUAUAUUUUUUUUGGGGGGGGGGUUAUUUAAUAUGCUGUUUGAAGAGGUAGAGUGUCAGAUGUUUUCAGAAGAUGGGCAGGGACUCUGCUCUCCUAACUUCAGGGGGAAGACCAUUGGGGUCCCAGGACAAAGAAGAGGUUGACUGGGCUGAGCGGGAGCUGCCCUCGUGUAGGGAUGGGAGGGCCAAGAGACCUGAGGUGGCAGAACGGAGUGCUCGGUUGGGGUGUAGGGUUUGAGCAUAGGUAUAGAGGGGCAGUUCCUCUUGCUGCUCCGUAGGCAAGUACCAUGGUCUUGUAGUGGAUGCGAGCAUCGACUGGAAGCCAGUGGAGUGUGCGGACGAGGGGGGUGACAUAAGAGAACUUGGGAAGGUACGUUACAUUAAAUAAUUCAGUAAUGACUCAAACAAAUGAUGGCAAUCAUCCGUUUUUAUUAACUUCUAGCCAUUGACUGUUAACAGCUGAGAAUUGCUAAAUAACUGGCAAGCACAAAAACAAUCAACAAUUUCGGGAGUACAGACCCCUAGAAAUUGUCUGAUCGCCAUUUAGUGGCAAAAGUAAGAACUGCAGAAAAUGCACAGCCAAAGAGUAUAAUAAUUAUUCUGUCAAGGAUUAUUUUAUUUAUAUUUUUAUAGAGGCAUUCUAAAACAAAUUAAACUUGACACAGUGUGUAAAUGAUAACACAUAAGUGCAGGAAAUUAAGACAUUUAUUAAAAUACUGGAAGUGAAUGCUGGAAUUAAACAAUUAAUUAUGCAACUGAGGAAAAGCUGUGUGCAAUAAGGAAAUAGACGCCUGGCUCAAAUAGCAGCCUGUCUCUAAUAAGAGCCUGUUGUGUUCUGUGAUUUUACGGUAUGUUAAAAAGCAGCUUUUCUAUGUUGGAAUGGUGUGGGCAUAUACCGGUCAUAAAAAAUAUUAAUUUGAGUAGACUGCUGAUUGGCCAGCUCACAUCAUCGUUUUUUAAACGGUCUGUUUGAGGUGGGGUUUUUGAAGUGUUUUUAUUUCCUCCAAUUUAUGCUUUGGCCACAAAUAUGAGUAUAGGACGAGUCAACAAUAUUAUUUGGGUACGAGAUAACAGAAUAAUAACUUUUAAAAGUGAGAUUGUCACUGGACAGUUACUUUAAGAUGAAAUCAUGUGGAGCUGUUUUUGUAUAGAUGAGGGAGAUUUCAUGCCAUGUCAACCAUACUAGGGUUGAAUGUCCGGAAACCGGUUACCGAGAUUUACCGGGAUAUACCGCCCAAAACCACUCAUUUUUCCCGGGAUAAAUAACUGCGAGAAAUUAUAAUAAAUUAUUUAUAUGAACAGCAUGGCGAGAAAUGGAACUGUUAUAUAUAUAAACCCUUUUUCAGGACCCUGUCUUUCAAAGAGAAUUCGUAAAAACUUCAUAGAUCUUCAUUUGAAAGGGUUUAAACACUGUUUCCCAUGCUUGGUCAAUGAACCAUAAACAAUUAAUGAACAUGCACCUGUGGAACGGUCGUUAAGACACUAACAGCUUACAGACGGUAGGCAAUUAAGGUCACAGUUAUGAAAACUUAGGACACUAAAGAGGCCUUUCUACUGACUCUGAAAAACACCAAAAGAAAGAUGCUCAGGGUCCCUGCUCAUCUGUGUGAACGUGCCUUAGGCAUGCUGCAAGAGGCAUGAGGACUGCAGAUGUGGCCAGGGCAAUAAAUUGCAAUGUCUGUACUGUGAGACGCCUAAGACAGCGCUACAUGGAGACAGGACGGACAGCUGAUCGUCCUCGCACUGGCAGACCAUGUGUAACAACACCUGCACAGGAUCGGUACAUCCGAACAUCACACCUGCGGGACAGGUACAGGAUGGCAACAACAACUGCCCGAGUUACAGCAGGAAUGCACAAUCCCUCCAUCAGUGCUCAGACUGUCCGCAAUAGGCUGAGAGAGGCUGGACUGAGGGCUUGUAGGCCUGUUGAAAGGCAGGUCCUCACCAGACCCAGCGGCAACAACGUCGCAUAUGGGCACAAACCCACCGUCGCUGGACCAGACAGGACUGGCAAAAAGUGCUCUUCCUCCUCCCUCAUGUGGUUUAGUCUCACCAGGGGUGAUGGUCAGAGUCGUGUUUAUCGUCGAAGGAAUGAGCGUUUCACCGAGGCCUGUACUCUGGAGCAGGAUCGAUUUGGAGGUGGAGGGUCCGUCAUGGUCUGGGGCGGUGUGUCACAGCAUCAUCGGACUGAGCUUGUUGUCAUUGCAGGCAAUCUCAAUGGUGUGCGUUACAGGGAAGACAUCCUCCUCCCUCAUGUGGUACCCUUCCUGCAGGCUCAUCCUGACAUGACCCUCCAGCAUGACAAUGCCACCAGCCAUACUGCUCAUUCUGUGCGUGAUUUCCUGCUAGACAGGAAUGUCAGUGUUCUGCCAUGGCCAGCGAAGAGCCCGGAUCUCAAUCCCAUUGAGCACGUCUGGGACCUGUUGAAACUUGCAGGUGCCUUGGUGGAAGAGUGGGGUAACAUCUCACAGCAAGAACUGGCAAAUCUGGUGCAGUCCAUGAGGAGGAGAUAGAUGCACUGCAGUACUUAAUGCAGCUGGUGGCCACACCAGAUACUGACUGUUACUUUUGAUUUUAACCCAUUAUUCAAUUUCUGUUAGUCACAUGUCUGUGGAACUUGUUCAGUUUAUGUCUCAGUUGUUGAAUCUUGUUAUGUUCAUACAAAUAUUUACAUAUGUUAAGUUUGCUGAAAAUAAACGCAGUUGACAGUGAGAGGACAUUUAUUUUUUUGCUGAGUUUAUAUAAAUGAUAUGUGAUGUCUAAAUCUGGCUUCUCUACGGCCUCUGCAUGAUGAAUCAUCAACGCUCAGGGUGGGGACAGACAGCCCAUCUCCGAAUGGAGCGCAGUUCACAAUGCAUGUAGACCUAUCAUCUUAUCAUGGUAACUUUUAUUCUUGUGACAGGUAGGCCUGCAUUUGCUGCAGCAUAGCCUAUGCUACAGUAAUAUAAAGACAGAAUGCAUGUCUAAUUUACCGAUCUCUAUCUGGCUUUCGGGGUCUCCUUAUUCUUUAAUUGUAAAGAUGUUUUUUAAAUUACAGCUACAGAGCUUUAAAAUAGCCUAUCACUUGAAUAUCAUUGCUUUAAAUCAGUGCACGUGCGAGCACUCUCUCACAGUCUCCCUCUCUCCAUCAAAUCCAUUCAAAUUGCAUCCAAAAUAGAUCAUCCUGUUCUAGAUUGAAAGACAGUGCAUUCGGGAAAGUAUUCAGACCCUUUGACUUUUUCCACAUUUUGUUAGGUUACAGCUUAUUCUAAAAUGGUUUAAAUAAAUGUUUCCUUCAUCAAUCUACACAGAAUAGCCCAGAUCCUCUCAAGCUCUGUCAGGAAUGGGCCGGACCGGGCUGGCGACGCGCACCAUUGGCUUGGUGCGGGGAGCAGGAACGGGCCGGGCCGGGCUGACGACGCGCACCAUAGACUUGGUGCGGGGGGCAGGAACGGGCCGGACCGGGCUGGCGACGCGCACCACAGGCUUGGUGCGGGGAGCAGGAACAGGCCGGACCGGACUGACGAUGCGCCCCACAGGCUUGGUGCAGGGAGCAGGAACAGGCCGGGCCGGGCUGGCGACGCGCACCAUUGGCUUGGUGCGAGGGGCAGGAACAGGCUGGACCGGGCUGGUGACGCGCACCAUUGGCUUGGUGCGAGGGGCAGGAACAGGCCGGACCGGGCUGACGACGCGCACCAUUGGCUUGGUGCGAGGGGCAGGAACCGGCCGGGCCGGGCUGGCGACCCGCAUCACAGGCUUGUUGCGAGGGACAGGAACAGGCCGGACCGCACUGGGAACACACACCACUGGCCUUAUAUGGGGAUCAGGAACGGGCCGGACCGGACUGGCAACGCACUUCAGUACCUCUCGCCGUGCCUCUACACUUUCCCUCCCUCUAAUCACCAAUGGCUCCCGUAACCCGGUGGCCUUCUCUCCUCGUCCACCAACUCGCCCUUUAUCUGCCUCCAGCAGCCCCGUCGCCCAUGCAUGUGCCCCCCCCUAAAAAUGUAUUGGGGGUGCCUCUCCCCCGUGGAUAUGGCCUCCAUGGCUCUCGCCAGACUCUCCAUCCUCUGCUCCCAAGUCCAACCUCUCUCCUCUUCACGCUGCUUGACCCAGUCGAGGUGGUAUCUUCUGUCACGAUCGUCAUUUGAAGAAACGGGCCAAUGCGCAGCGUGGAAUGCGAACAUCUUUAUUUAUAUUUCACCACACGAACAAAAACAACAAAACGAUACGUGAAGUCCUUGGGUACAUACACAAACCAACACGGAACAAGAUACCACACCACACAAAUGCCAAACGACUACCUAAGUAUGGUUCCCAAUCAGAGACAACAAGCAACAGCUGAUUCACGUUGCCUCUGAUUGAGAACCACCCCGGCCAACAUAGAAACACAUCAACUAGAUCCUGAACAUAGAAACACAAAACAUAGACUCUACACACCCUGGCUCAACAUAACAGAGUCCCCAGAGCCAGGGCGUGACACCUGCGUUGUCUUGGCUGUGUGCUUAGGGUCGUUGUCCUGUUGGAAGGUGAACCUUCACCCCCAGUCUGAGGUCCUGAGAGCUCUGGAGCAGGUUUUCAUCAAGGAUCUCUCUGUACUUUGCUCCGUUCAUCUUUCCCUCGAUCCUGACUAGUCUCCCAGUCCCUGCCGCUGAAAAACAUCCCCACAGCAUGAUGCUGCCACCACCAUGCUUUACUGUGCCAGGUGUCCUCCAGACGUGACGCUUGGCAUUCAGGUCAAAGAGUUCAAUCUUGGUUUCAUCAGACCAGAUAAUCUUGUUUCUCAUGGUCUGAGAGUCUUUAGGUGCCUUUUGGCAAACUCCAAGCGGGCUGUCAUGUACCUUUUACUGAGGAGUGGCCACACUACCGUAAAGGCCUGAUUGGUGGAGUGCUGCAGAGAUGGUUGUCCUUCUGGAAGGUUCUCCCAUCUCCACAGAAGAACUAUAGAGCUCUGUCAGAGUGACCAUCGGGUUCUUGGUCCCUCCCUGAUCAAGGCCCUUCUCCCCCGAUUGCUCAGUUUGGCCGGGUGGCCAGCUCUAGGAAGAGUCUUGGUGGUUCCAAACUUCUUCCAUUUAAGAAUGAUGGAGGCCACUCUGUUCUUGGGGACCUUCAACGCUGCAGACAUGUUUUGGUAACCUUCCACAGAUCUGUGCCUCGACACAAUCCUGUCUCUGCGCUCUACGGACAAUUCCUUCGACCUCAUGGCUUGGUUUUUGCUUUGACAUGCACUGUCAACUGUGGGACCUUAUAUAGACAGGUGUGUGCCUUUCCAAAUUAUGUCCAAUCAAUUGAAUUUACCACAGGUGGACUCCAAUCAAGUUGUAGAAACAUCUCAAGGAUGAUCAAUGGAAACAGGAUGCACCUGAGCUCAAUUUCGAGUCUCAUAGCAAAGGGUCUGAAUACUUAUGUAAAUAAGGUAUUUCUGUUUUUAUAAAAAUAUAAAUUUGCAAACAUUCCUAAAAACAAUACCAUUAUGGGGUAUUGUGUGUAGAUUGCUGAGUAAUAAAAACAUUUUAGAAUAAGACUGUAAUUUAACAAAAUGUGGAAAAAGUCAAGGGGUCUGAAUACUUUCCGAAGGCACUGUAUGUAUUGGAUAACAGCACAAUCAUUUGGUAUUUUUUGGGCUUGGGCUCAUUAAAUGUCUUUAAUGUAGGGUUCAUAAAAUGUACGUCCCAUCAGGCUCAGGUAGCAUCAGGCUUGAAUUUUUGAUCAAAGCUCUAAUCAAAUCCAGACAGGCCUAUUUAUAUGCUUUAUAAUGCUUUUGAAUGACACUUCUGGUGAAAUAUCGGGUUACCCAGGAGAAAAGUGAUUUAUUCUUGGGAUGGAACAUUUGUAAAAUACUGGGAAAAUAUUAAACCCUAAACUAUACUGAUUGGCCUCAUGCAUUUGUGACUUUAUGUGAACUAUAGAUGGAAAAGUAACAGUGAUCAGAAAGGUUCUCAUCGCCAGAUAGGGAGCUUCACACUGGGCACAGAUGUCAAUUCAAUUUCUAUUCCACGUUGGUUCCACGUCAUUUCAUUGAAAUUACGUUGAAUAACGUUGAUUCAACAAGUGUGUGCCCAGUGGGUUUGCACAUGUUUCUCUCAGACAACUUUCAAAUGGUCAGAAGAUCAUACAGCCGCCUGGUGGUGACUAUGUUGCCUGCAUUAAUUAUUAAAAGUCUGAAGCUCUUCUCUGUUGUUCAUCUUUGCCCUAUUUCAGUAUGCAUAGUGUGUUUAACACUGUGUGUCUGUAUGUGUGUGUGUGUGUGUGUGUGUGUGUGUGUUUCCGUGUUUCAAGUUUUUAUUGUCACGUGCACAAGUACAGUGAAAUGCCUUUCUUGCUCUUUCCCAACAAUGCGGUAAUAAUCAAUAUCAGUAGUAUGAAACAAUUAUAAUAGAGUCAAGUAGAACAAAAACACAAGAGAAAUAGAAAUGAGAAGAACAUGAGAAAGUAAGUUAGCUGUAUACAGAGUCAGUGCCAAAACCAUAUUUACAUUGUGCAGGGAUACUGGAGUGGUAGGGGAAGAUAUGUAUAGGGGUAAGGUGACUAGGCAUCAGGAUAUCUGAUAAACAAAGUAGCAGCUGCGAAUAUGAUGAUUGUAUGUGAGUGUGUGUGCGUGUGUGUGUAGAGUCGGUAUGAAUGUGUGUGCGUGUUAUGUGUGUGUGUGUGUGUGUGUGUGUAGAGUGUGCGUAGAGUCAGUGCAAAAGUAAAAAUAUAAAGUGUAUAUGCAGAUAGUCCCUGUAGCCAUUUUGUUAGCUAUUUAGAAGUAUUAUGACUUGGGAAUAGAAGCUGUUCAGGAGCUUGUUGGUGUCAGACUCCGGUACUGCUUGUUGUGCGGAAGAAGAGAGAACAGUCUAUGGCUUCGGUGGCUGGAGUCUUUAACAAUUUUACGGGCCAUCCUUUCACACCGCCUGAUAUAGAGGUCCUGGAUGGCAGGGAGCUCAACCCCAGUGAUGUACUGGGCUGUCCGCACCACCCUCUGUAGCGCCAUGCUACCGAGGGCAGUGCAUUUGCCAUACCAAGCAGUGAUGCAGCCAGUCAAAAUGCUCUCAAUGGUGCAGCUGUAUAACUUUUUGAGGAUUUGAGGGCCCAUACCAAGUCUUUUACAUUUACAUUUUAAGUCAUUUAGCAGACAAAUUGGUGCAUUCAACUUAGGAUAGCCAGUGGGACAUCCACCACUGGCGGAGGGGGGGUGUAGAAGGAUUAAUGUUAGACUAUUCCAGGUAUUCCUUAAAGAGGUAGGGUUUCAAGUGUCUCCGGAAGGUGGUCAGUGACUCUGCUGUCCUGGCGUCGUGGGGGAGCUUGUUCCACCAUUGGGGUGCCAGAGCAGCGAAUAGCUUUGACUGGGCUGAGCGGGAACUGUGCUUCCGUAGAGGUAGGGGGGCUAGCAGGCCAGAGGUGGAUGAAUGUAGUGCCCUCCUUUGGGUGUAGGGUCUGAUCAGAGCCUGAGGGUACCUGAGGGGGAAGAAGCGCUGUCGCGCCUUCUUCACGUCUGUUUUCGUGUGUGGAUCAUUUUAAGUCCUUUGUGGUUUGGACACAGAGGAACUUGAAGCUCUCGACCCACUCCACUGCAGCCCUGUCGAUGUGGAUGGGGGCGUCCUCGCCCCCUCGUUUCCUGUAGUCCACGAUCAGCUCCUUGGUCUUACUGACGUUGACGAAGAGGUUGUUGUCACUGACCUCCUCCCUGUAGGCUGUCUCAUGGUCGCCGGUGAUCAGGCCUACCACCGUCGUGUUGUCGGCAAACUUGAUGAUGUUGUUGGAGUCGUGCGUGGCCACGCAGUCGUGGGUGAACAAGGAGUACAGGAGGGGACUAAGCACAGAACACAAGGACAGUUGUUGUGCACACAUUGUGUCACUGACUGCUCACUAUAUAAAGGAUUAACAGCCUUGCUGAUUCUUCGUGUUGUGUGUGUGCGUUUGUGUGUGCGUUGCAGUGCGUCUGGAGGCGGCCCAGCAGCUGUCAGUAGAGACAGUGUCAGAGCGUAGCGUCCGAGUGCUGUGGAGGGGAGUGGGUGGAGCCAGGGCCUACAGACUGGUCUGGGGACCAUUCACAGGUAAGGAGCAGAGAGAUGCACCAAUCAAUAUUGACUUAUGUAUUUACACAAAAGGGUUGUUCUUCAGAAAUGCAUAGAGACGCUGAAUGGAAUUUAUGAGAGAAUCAGCAACGCUGUUCAUAUUUUAUAUAGUGACAACUGUCCUUGUCCCUUUCACUCUUCCAUUUCUUCCUCUGUCUACUCUCUGCUCUCCUCUCUCCUGCCCCUCUCUCCUCUCCCUCACCCCUCUCUCCUCUCUCCUCUCCCCCUUCUCCUGUGUCUCUCCCAGGUCGUGAUAUGGAGUCUGUGGAGGUGGCUGGUGACAGUGAGACUCACACCCUGUUGAACCUGCAGCCAGACACAGAGUACAUUGUCACUGUCAUCGCCCUCUACGAAGCCAACACAGAGGGACCUACCGCUACCGCCAGGUUCAAGAUAGGUACAGAGCUACACACACAUGCAUGUACGCACUGCAGACAUACAUUUCCCUCUCGUUCUGUCCCUCUGUCUAUUUUCUUCUGUCUCUGUCCCAGUAACUUCUACUUGUGUUUAAUUUUAGCCAGUGAAGGAAUGCCUUUAUAAAAUACUUUCUGCUGCAUCCAACAGACCUUAGUGUAAAGGACUGUAGGGGGUAGAGAGGUAGAAAGGGAAGAAGGAGAUAUAGAGGAAUAGAGCCUGAGAGAGAGAGCCAUAGAUAUAGAACACUGUAUAUAUGGUAUAUCUCUAUGGAGAGAACUACAACCGUUUAGCUUUAUGAAUUUUUUAUUCCUCGUGUUAUUAUUUUUAUAUUAUUUAUAUUUUUUCUCUCUGCAUUGUUGGGAAGGGCCCUUAAGUAAGCAUUUCACUGUUAGUCUACACCUGUUGUAUACAAAGCAUGUGACAAUUAAAAUUUGAUUUGAUUUGAAACACUUUCCUAUCCUCGUGGGGACCUAAAAUGUAUUUCCAUUCAAAAUCCUAUUUUCCCUAACUCUAAACAUAACCCUUACCCUAACCUUAACCCUAACCUUAACCCCUAACCCUAAUCCUAAACCUAACCUUAACCCCAAUUCUAACCCUAAUUGUAACCCUAACCCUAAACCUAACCCCUAACCCCUAAGCUUAAAAUAGCCUUUGUUCUCUUGGGGACGUGGGAAAUGUCCCCACGAGGGAGAAUUUUCCUUGUUGUACGAUCCUUGUGGGGACAUUUGGGGAUUUCAGGUCCCCCACGAGGAUAGAAGAACAAGCACGCAGCACGCACGCACGCACACACACACACACACACACACACAAUCACCUCCUGUGUAUGACUCAUUUUAGAGGGAUGUCUUUACUUAAAGGUGCACUAUGCAGAAAUUGCUCUGCCGUUUCCUCGUUGCUAAAAUAGUUAGCCUAAUGUCACGCCCUGACUCAGAGGACGCUUAUAUGUUGAGUCAGGGUGUGUAUAUUCCUUGUUGUGAUGUUCUAUGUUGUAUUUUCUAUGUUUAGAUCUAGUAUGUCUAGAUCUAUGUUGGCCGGUGUGGUUCCCAAUCAGAGGCAGCUGUCGCUCGUUGUCUCUUAUUAGGGACCAUACUUAGGCAGCCUAUUGGCACUAGUGGGUUGUGGGAUCUUGUUCCGUGUUAGUUAUGUUGUUUGUGUACCUUGGACUUCACGUUUCGUUUCUUGUUUUGUCGUUGUGUUUAUAAGUCAAAUAAACAUGUUUGCAUAUCACGCUGCGCCUUGGUCUGACCCGUUCAUCAACGAUCGUGACAGAAGAUCCCACCAAACGAGGACCAAGCAGCGUGUCCAGGAGCAGACAGCCUGGACAUGGGAGGAGAUCCUGGAAGGAAAGGGUUCCUGGACAUGGGAGGAGAUUCAGGCCGGGAUGGAUCGCCGUCCUUGGGAGGAGACAGUGGAGGCGCGGUAUAGAGAGGAGCAGCGGCAAUGCAGAAGGCGCCGGCCGAGGAAGAAGCCAGAGAGACAGCCCCAAUAAAAAAUUGGGGGGGGGGGGGGGCUAAAAGGGUGGUUGGCGGAGCCUAGUGUUAGAGCAGAGCCAACUCCCCGUACUCACGCGAGGAGGCGUGUGACUGGGCAGGCUCCGUGUUAUGCGGAGCUACGUACUGUGUCGCCAGUGUGCCGGCACAGCCCUGUACGUCCUGUGCUAGCACCACGCACGUGCCGUGCGAAGAUGGGCAUCCAGCCAGGACGGGGUGUGCCGGCUCAACGCUCCUGGUCUCCAGUACGCCUCCUCGGUCCCGCAUAUCCUGCGCCGGUUCUACGUACUGUAUCGCCAGUGCGCAUGCACAGCCCUGUGCGUCCUGUGCUAAUGCCUCACACAUACUGUGCAGAAGUAGGCAUCCAGCCAGGACGGGUUGUGCCAGCUCUCCGCUUCAGACCUCCAGUCCGCCUCCACAGUCCGGUACGGCCCGUGCCUGCUCCCCGCACCAAACCAGUGGUGCGUGUUCCCAGCCCGGCCCGGCCUGUUCCUGCUCCCCGCACCAAACCAGUGGUGCGUGUUCCCAGCCCGGCCCGGCUUGUUCCGGCCCCUCGCACCAAGCCAGUGGUGCGCGUCGCCAGCCCGGUCCGGCCUGUUCCUGCCCCUCGCACCAAGCCAGUGGUGCGCGUCGCCAGCCCGGCCUGUUCCUGUCCCUCGCACCAAGCCAGUGGUGCGCGUCGCCAGCCCGGCCCGGCCUGUUGCUGCCCCCCGCACCAAGCCGUGGUGCGCGUCGCCGGCCCGGCCUGUUCCGGCCCCUCGCACCAAGCCAGUGGUGCGCGUCGCCAGCCCGGUCCGGCCUGUUCCUGUGCCUUGCACCAAGCCAGUGGUGUGCGUCGCCAGCCCGGUCCGGCCUGUUCCUGUCCCUCGCACCAAGCCAGUGGUGCGCGUCGCCAGCCCGGCCUGUUCCUGUCCCUCGCACCAAGCCAGUGGUGCACGUCGCCGGCCCGGCCUGUUCCUGCUCCUCGCACCAAGCCAGUGGUGCGUGUGUCCAGUCCAGCUCCGGUCAGCGGCUCCAGUCCGGAGCCUGAGCAGUCCGCUCCACCGGUGCCCGAUCCAGCUCCGGUCAGCGGCUCCAGUCCAGACCCAGACGUCAGCCCCUCUCCAGGUUCGGGGUCUCCCACACCAGGGUCCAGACAGGGCUUGGAGUAUAGUGGGAGGAAGGAGAGGGGAAGCAACGUGCCAGAUCUAGACCAGACCAGGGGCGCAACAGGGAGGCGAAGAGUGAGAGGUCGUCACGCCCUGAGCCGGAUCCGCCUCCGAGGCGGAAUGCCCACCCGGCCCCUACCCUGUUAUGUGUAUGUUGUGCGGUCAGAGUCCGCACCUUUGGGGGGGGGUACUGUCACGCCCUGACUCAGAGGACGCUUAUAUGUUGAGUCAGGGUGUGUAUAUUCCUUGUUGUGAUGUUCCUGGACAUGGGAGGAGAUUCAGGCCGGGAUGGAUCGCCGUCCUUGGGAGGAGACAGUGGAGGCGCGGUAUAGAGAGGAGCAGCGGCAACGCAGAAGGCGCCGGCCGAGGAAGAAGCCAGAGAGACAGCCCCAAUAAAAAUUUUGAGGGGGGCUAAAAGGGUGGUUGGCGGAGCCUAGUGUUAGAGCAGAGCCAACUCCCCGUACUCACGCGAGGAGGCGUGUGACUGGGCAGGCUCCGUGUUAUGCGGAGCUACGUACUGUGUCGCCAGUGUGCCGGCACAGCCCUGUACGUCCUGUGCUAGCACCACGCACGUGCCGUGCGAAGAUGGGCAUCCAGCCAGGACGGGGUGUGCCGGCUCAACGCUCCUGGUCUCCAGUACGCCUCCUCGGUCCCGCAUAUCCUGCGCCGGUUCUACGUACUGUAUCGCCAGUGCGCAUGCACAGCCCUGUGCGUCCUAUGCUAAUGCCUCACACAUACUAUGCAGAAGUAGGCAUCCAGCCAGGACGGGUUGUGCCAGCUCUCCGCUUCAGACCUCCAGUCCGCCUCCACAGUCCGGUACGGCCCGUGCCUGCUCCCCGCACCAAACCAGUGGUGCGUGUUCCCAGCCCGGCCCGGCCUGUUCCUGCUCCCCGCACCAAACCAGUGGUGCGUGUUCCCAGCCCGGCCCGGCUUGUUCCGGCCCCUCGCACCAAGCCAGUGGUGCGCGUCGCCAGCCCGGUCCGGCCUGUUCCUGUCCCUCGCACCAAGCCAGUGGUGCGCAUCGCCAGCCCGGCCUGUUCCUGUCCCUCGCACCAAGCCAGUGGUGCGCGUCGCCAGCCCGGCCCGGCCUGUUGCUGCCCCUCGCACCAAGCCAGUGGUGCGCGUCGCCGGCCUGGCCUGUUCCGGCCCCUCGCACCAAGCCAGUGGUGCGCGUCGCCAGCCCGGUCCGGCCUGUUCCUGUGCCUUGCACCAAGCCAGUGGUGCACGUCGCCAGCCCGGUCCGGCCUGUUCCUGUCCCUCGCACCAAGCCAGUGGUGCGCGUCGCCAGCCCGGCCUGUUCCUGUCCCUCGCACCAAGCCAGUGGUGCACGUCGCCGGCCCGGCCUGUUCCUGCUCCUCGCACCAAGCCAGUGGUGCGUGUGUCCAGUCCAGCUCCGGUCAGCGGCUCCAGUCCGGAGCCUGAGCAGUCCGCUCCACCGGUGCCCGAUCCAGCUCUGGUCAGCGGCUCCAGUCCAGACCCAGACGUCAGCCCCUCUCCAGGUUCGGGGUCUCCCACACCAGGGUCCAGACAGGGCUUGGAGUAUAGUGGGAGGAAGGAGAGGGGAAGCAACGUGCCGAGGUCUAGACCAGACCAGGGGCGCAACAGGGAGGCGAAGAGUGAGAGGUCGUCACGCCCUGAGCCGGAUCCGCCUCCGAGGCGGAAUGCCCACCCGGCCCCUACCCUGUUAUGUGUAUGUUGUGCGGUCAGAGUCCGCACCUUUGGGGGGGGGGUACUGUCACGCCCUGACUCAGAGGACGCUUAUAUGUUGAGUCAGGGUGUGUAUAUUCCUUGUUGUGAUGUUCUAUGUUGUAUUCCUAUGUUUAGAUCUAGUAUGUCUAGAUCUAUGUUGGCCGGUGUGGUUCCCAAUCAGAGGCAGCUGUCGCUCGUUGUCUCUGAUUGGGGACCAUACUUAGGCAGCCUAUUGGCACUAGUGGGUUGUGGGAUCUUGUUCCGUGUUAGGUAUGUUGUUAGUGUACCUUGGACUUCACGUUUCGUUUCUUGUUUUGUCGUUGUGUUUAUAAGUCAAAUAAACAUGUUUGCAUAUCACGCUGCGCCUUGGUCUGACCCGUUCAUCAACGAUCGUGACACCUAAUUUCAGUUUAUGUGACAAAACAAGAAAGGAUAGUGUAGAGAAUCAUUGUAAAAUCUAAACCGCUGUGAAAUAUAUUUUCCAUAACAAAAAAUCUUGUAUUUUCAGCUGUUUGAUGCUGGUGUACAAAACCGAAAGUAAAAGACGGGAAGCAUAGAAAUAGCGCACAUAGAACAGAUACCGCGGCUUAUACUUGCUUUCGAUGGGAAUGAGAGAUCUAUAACUCACAUUUCUAUGUGAAUUUGGUCAGGUCGCCCAAAUAAUAUUGCAGGGGAUUUGUGUUUCAGUUGAAGCUGAAUCACCAUCACGUUCAUUGGUCUGGAUUUAAAUCAGGGAGGGGGAUGCUGUAGCUAUUUAGGACAGAAUGCCCCCUAAUGCUCCUCUCUGAGAUCAUAGAUCUCAAAUGGGAAGGCAAACACACUAUGUUUGGUAGCUAGCUACACUCUAAAAAAUGCUGGGUUGUUUGGUUGACCCAGCUGCUGGGUUGCAUGCAUUGGGUCACUUAGUUGGGUUGUUUUCUUAAAAAAGAGCAAGGUUGGGUUGUUGGUGCUGGGUUAUUGAGAUAUGAUGCAGCGAUCAGAUCAGAAGACUGGAGGCGUAGUUUAGUAGUGGCGUGGCUCUCAAAUUAAAAAAGACCCAGCUGUUGGGUCAAUCCAGCAUUAAAGUAAAAAAUACACAAUUGAUGGUUAAAUUAACCCAUGUUUGGGUAAUCCCAACAACCCAACAUGUUAGGUUAUUCAAGCAACCCAACUGGCUUGGUCAAAAUAACCCAGCGUGUUUUCUGUACAAUAUUUACCCAGCGCUGGGUUACCAAAGAACCCAAAUUGGGUUGUUUUUAACCCAGCAUUUUUUUUUAGAGCGUAAGAGUUGUUAAAAACAAGUAUACUGGCAGUCCAAUGAAAAUGCAUCAGGAAUUGAAAUCCUGCUAUAAUAGCUGAAUAUCUCCUGAAGGGUUUUUAAGAGGUUCUGACAUAGCAUGAUGUAUCAGUGGUUGUGUUGUGUCUGCGUGUUCCCCCCAUGCAGAGCGUCUCGAGCAGCAGGUGCUGAAGGCAGCCACCACCGGGCCCUCCUCCAUCCGCCUCACCUGGAACCUAAUCCAGUCUGCCAGGGGAUACCGCCUGGAGUGGAGUCAGGGGGAUGGUCAGACACACACACACACUCAUCCUCACAUACAUGCGUACGCACACACACAUACAAAAGAUGAAUGUACUUUUAAACCCCUCAGCAUUGAAGUACAUACAGUAUACCAAUCCACUCACACAAACAUUGAUGUACCUUCACUGACUGACUGUCAACAUCUAACUGACUUACUGUACUCCUCAGGUGGCAGAGUGCAAAGUCAGUCGUUCUCCAGGAGCACCACUAGUUUUGAUCUGACAGGGCUGCAGCCCAGCACUGAGUAUGUCAUCACUCUGUUCACCCUGUAUGAUGGACGAGAGGAGGCCACCCCCGUCUCCACCUCUCCUACAGGUCAGAGAUAGGGGCAGGCACCCCCCUUUUAUGUUUUAGCUAGUGUCUUUUUUGUUGUUGUAAAGACAAUCAAUUAUUUGUAUCUUUUACUUUAUUCACUACUAUUUUACUGGACCCCCCCCCGUACAGUGGAACAGCAGGUGGGGAGGGUGUCCAACCUGCGAGUGGUAGAGUCCCUGGGCAGCACUGUGCGACUGGGAUGGACAGGGGUUGCCGGGGCAACACAGUACCGUAUCCUCAUGGUCAAUACCGAAGGUAAGGGCAUGUCUCAAAUGACACCCUAUUCCCUCCCUAUAUAGUGCACUAUUUUAGAUCAGAGGUCACAUAGGUGUUAACACUCUGUACUUAUAGCGCAAACAGAGGAAACCCGCAGUAUCCCUGGAAGCCAGACGACCCUUGACCUUAGGGAUCUGACGGAGGGCGUGUCUUAUGGGGUCAGCGUGACAGCUGUGGUGGGAGACAGCGAGGGGGACCCGGUCACUGUUUACAUCAAAGCAGGUGACACACACAUUGUAUGCUACUGCUUGCUCCAGCCUGUCUGAGAGAGGAUGUGGAUAGAUUGAAUGGGUGCAGAUCUUGGCUCAGGGCUGCAGUGUGUUUGCCAGUUUGGUAAACAGUGGUCUGCUGUGUGAUGAAUGGCUGCCAGCUGAAUAUCCAUGUGAAUGGGUGGUGAAUAGAGAUACUGAGGAGAGGUGAGCUGAGGCAAGCCCAGGCAGAGAUGACAGAAGAGGGCCUGUGGGCUAGUGUGGAGGUACAGGACAGUACACCUGGGCCGUGUUUAGUAGGCAUGAAACGGCAAAAUGUUUUAAAAUGGGAAAUAAAUGUUUGAUAUUGAUAAUUAGAAAUGUUUGGUUGUCUACUGAACUGCAAUGUUCUUAUUGAUGUAUGAUUUCAGAACAAGCAUUGGGGAAAGUGACCAACCUACGUGUGACAAAUAUCAAUGGUCGGCGACUCCGAAUCGCCUGGACAGGGGUUUUGGGGGCAACAGGGUACAGGGUCACUUGGAGACAAGGCAACAGUAAGUGUCAACUGAAUUAUGAUUGGAAUGAUAUUGUGAUAAAAUAGUCCUCAGAAAUACAAUUAUUUUACAUGUUAUGAUAAACAUAAUUAUAGCAGCAGUCCCUAUUUUUGUAUGUAUGUGUUACUGUCUCUCUCAUCCUCUCAUUUAGAUGCAGAGCAGUCCCAGUGUGUGAGUCUAUAACAGUGUGUAUCUCUCCUAGAUGCAGAGCAGUCCCAGUGUGUGUGUCUAUAACAGUGUGUAUCUCUCCUAGAUGCAGAGCAGUCCCAGUGUGUGAGUCUAUAACAGUGUGUAUCUCUCCUAGAUGCAGAGCAGUCCCAGUGUGUGUGUCUAUAACAGUGUGUAUCUCUCCUAGAUGCAGAGCAGUCCCAGUGUGUGUGUCUAUAACAGUGUGUAUCUCUCCUAGAUGCAGAGCAGUCCCAGUGUGUGUGUCUAUAACAGUGUGUAUCUCUCCUAGAUGCAGAGCAGUCCCAGUGUGUGUGUCUAUAACAGUGUGUAUCUCUCCUAGAUGCUGAGCAGUCCCAGUGUGUGUGUCUAUAACAGUGUGUAUCUCUCCUAGAUGCAGAGCAGUCCCGUGUUCUGGGACCAGAGGCCUCGUCCUACACGGUGGAGGGGCUGCAGCCAGACGAGGCUGUGGUCCUGGGCGUGGGGGCUGUGAUUGGUCAACGCAUCGGGGAAGUGGUCACCCUCUCGGCCAGGACCAAUGGGAACAACGGCUCAAGCUCAAGCACGGUUAGCGGCCUGCGCAUCGUUGAUGUCACCUCUCAGACGAUACGCAUCACAUGGUCACCCGUCUCCAGGGCAACUGGCUACAAGAUUACCUGGCGCAGUAGAGAAGGUAGGCGUGGUUCCAAUAAAUUAUAUGGAUGUCAUCUGACGUAUAAACUACAUUCCUAUGGAUCCGUACCUUAGGUCUCAAAGCACAUUAAGGCUCAAAGAACACAUUUUAUAGGGAUUGUCUAGUGGUUGCUGUAGUCUAGUAGUACAGUAGUAGCAAUCCCCAGUAGCAUUCUCCUCUCUACCUGAACCUAUCUCACUACAGGAGUGGAGUCCUCCCGCACAGUAGCCGCUGAUGUCACUUCCGUCACCAUCAACAGCCUUCAGGAAGACUCCUCCUACCGGGUGUCAGUCUCCUCACUGAUUGGCUCUCGAGAAGGACGCCCCGCCUCCCUGAACACCAGAACAGGUAUGCAAUCAAUCAAUUUCCAAAUUGACCCCUAACCUCUACCCUUUUUCUUCUUGAUAGCCCCUAGAACAUUUAAAUGAGUUGGUUAGCUGGCAACAAUAUGGUAACAGCUUCACCUUGCCCUCACUCCUUGCACUCACGUUAAUUUAAGGAAUGAUUGAAUGAAAUGAGUGCUAUCCUAUCAUAUAAACAGUGCUUGUAAAUUGGUGACUGAAAUCUUCCAUCUCUCUGUCCACAGCGCCAGACCAGGGUGUGGUGGGAACAGUGACCUCACUCCAAGUCCGGGAGUCCCCUGGUGAGGUCGUCAGGGUAACAUGGGUGGGCGUGCAGGGAGCAACAGCCUAUCGUGUAUCUUGGAAGCGAAUUGAUGGUGAGAGUUUUCCUGCUCUAAAAAGUUUUGAAAUCUGAAUGAUAUUCCCCUGAUAGUUCAUGAUUCAACAGUGUAGUAUCCAUAGCUCAUUUUUAAUAUAUGAACCUUUAUUUACACCAUUCACACUUAAAGGUCCAAUGCAGACGUUUUUAUCUCAAUAUCAAAUAAUUUCUGGCUAACAAUUAAGUACCUUACUGUGAUUGUUUUCAAUUAAAAUUGUUAAAAAUAAACCAAAAUUGCUUCUUAGCAAUGGGAAAAUUCUCAAGCAAGAAUUUUGCUAGGACUGCCUUGGAGUGGUCUGUGAGGGAGGGGAAAACUGAAAAUUAGCUGUUAUUGGCAGAGAGGUUUGGAACUCUCUUUCUUAUUGGUCUGUUACAGGGAUGGGUAACUUUGAUGGGGGUGGGGGCCACAGGCCUACGAAAUUGGUCCGCGGGCCGUCAGUUGCCCAUCCCUGGUCUAUUAACUAAUUUACCGCAUGGUGAUGUCACCAUGGAAGGCCAAAACUCCAUCCCACCAAAACAGGUUGAAAUUUCAGGCGGUCUUUUCAAAUAGCUCUUACACUAAAAGGGCAUUACCAUAGUUUUCACAAUUUCACAGUAUUAUUCCAACCUCAUAGUGUGGAAAAUAUAUCAAACACAGGAAAAUCACGUUUUUGACUGCACUGGGGCUUUAACAUAUAUUAAUGAAACAUGGCAGCCAUUUUGUGCCAGACCACUCACCACUGCCCCUUCUGUAUUGGUGUAGGUGGAGAGGAGAGGAGCCAGCUGGUGGGUGGUGACCUGACAGCGGUGGACCUGGAGCAGCUGGACCCGGGAGCUCAGUACGAGGUGCAGGUCAUGGCCCUGGUCCAGAACAGACAGGGAACCCCGGUCUCUGUCAGAGUCACCACACGUGAGUGACAACUACAUCCUUAAAGAAUAGAGACUGUGCGGUAACAUGUUCCUCUGUUUGAUUAGAAUGGAUAUGAAAACAUUGGAAGGUGUAACUUUUCUGUAGUACUAUGUCAAUUCAGAAAGUAAACUAAUUGGAAUUUCAGUGUACUUGAAAUGGAUUUGACCCCAACCCUGCUAUCUAGUAUUAUGUCCCAUAGUACUGUAUCUUUCCUGUAGUAUUAUACUGUAUGUAGUGUUUUGAUGGGUUACUGCUUUGUACUGUAUUUCAUCUUCCAGUAUUCUCAUUGUGUGUGUGUGUGUGUGUGUGUAGCAGGGGAACCUGCUGCUGUAGACCGUGUGGAAGGGGUCAGAGUGCUGGCGGCUACCCCAGGGGUGCUGCGACUGGUCUGGAGAGGGAUGGCCGGGGUGACAGGGUACCGCAUCUACUGGAGAUCAGCCCUGGGUAAACACACACAGAUACGUACACAGAUACACACACAGAUACAUACAUAGAUAAACACACAGAUACAUACACAGAUACACACACAUAUACAUACAUAGAUACACACACAGAUACAUACAUAGAUACACACAGAGAUACAUACACAGAUACACACACAGAUAAAUACACAGAUACACACAGAUAAAUACACAGAUACACACACACAGAGAUAAAUACACAGAAACACACACAGAUUUUUUAUUUAUUUAUUUUAUUUCACCUUUAUUUAACCAGGUAAACCAGUUGAGAACAAGUUCUCAUUUACAACUGCGACCUGGCCAAGAUAAAGCAAAGCAGAGCGAUAAAAACAACAACACAGAGUUACAUAUGGGGUAAAACAAAACAAAGUCAAAAAUACAACAGAAAUAAAUAUAUAUACAGUGUGUGCAAAUGUAGCAAGUUAUGGAGGUAAGGCAAUAAAUAGGCUAUAGUGCAAAAUAAUUACAAAUUAGUAUUAACACUGGAAUGAUAGAUGUGCAAGAGAUGAUGUGCAAAUAGAGAUACUGGGGUACAAAUGAGCAAAAUAAAUAACAAUAUAGGGAUGAGGUAGUUGGGCGGGCUAAUUUCAGAUGGGCUGUGUACAGGUGCAGUGAUCGGUAAGGUGCUCUGACAACUGAUAAAUACACAGAUACAUACACAGAUACAUACACAGAUACACACACACAGAUACAUACACAGAUACAUACACAUAACUAAAAUGCGCAUCCGAACAUAUUUUUGUGCACAUUUGUUUUGUUGCAUGUAAUAUUUUUUACUGUUUCAUUAUAUUCUCUACUGGUUCCAUGCAGGUGAGUCUGAAUCGAGCCGUCUGAUAGGUAGAGAUGCAACCUCGUUUGACCUGGAUGGUCUGCGGCCUGGGGUGAGCUACACUGUGAGGCUGGCUGCCAUCUUCAGGGACAGAGAGAGUCAAGCUGUCACUAUCACUGCCUCCACAGGUACACUUCUCUGUCAACACCAUCUCCUCUCCUUUCAUUCACUAUAGUUAGGGACAGGAGUUUCCUGACCAUGUGACCUGACCAAGAAAAACUAUUGGCCCUAGUAACAGGCUAUAACCAGUCACUCACUGUAGUCACUCACAUACAGUAUCUAUCUCCUUUACUGAUCCCUUUCUUCUCUCCUCUCCUCCCCUCAGCUCCCUUACAGCCUGUAAGGGGUCUGCGUGCUAUGGAGGUUACCCAGAAUUCUGUGUUGUUGGGCUGGGUUCCAUUGACUGGUGCCACCGGAUACGUCCUGCGCUGGAGAGAGGAGAGGGGUAACACUGGGGUCAAAUUUAGUCGUUUAUUGACUAUGUUGCACAUUGAAAGGUUGAUCUGUAAUCUUUGUCUGUCUGUGUGUGUGUGUGUGUGUGUGUGUGUGUGUGUGUGUGUGUGUGUGUGUGCGUGUGCGUGUGGGUUUGUGUGUUCGUGCUUGCUUGCUUGCAUCCAUAUGUGUGUGUGUGUGUGUGUGUGUGUGUGUGUGUCUGUGUGCGUGUUCUCUAAACAGACACUGGUCUGGGUCAGUCCAUCCCUCUGCCUGGGACAUCCAGCUCCUACAGGGUGACAGGGCUGCGUCUGGGCCUGAGGUACCGCUUCACCCUGCAGCCUAGCUUCCAGAGGGAGGUUGGCCCUGAGACCUCACUGGACGAACGGACUGGUAAAACUGACAGUUCACAUACCGGUCCCUGAAUCCCUUAAACUACUCGUUUCUAAACAUUUCUGCACUGUGACAUUUCUUCCCCAAACGUUUCUUUGCCAGUCUAAGAGGAACCAGCCCAACUCAAUAUUCUGCGACCUCUCUUUCUUUCUCUCUCUCUCUCUCUCUCUCUCUCUCUCUCUCUCUCUCUCUCUCUCUCUCUCUCUCUCUCUCUCUCUCUCUCUCUCUCUCUCUCUCUCUCUCUCUCUCUCUCUCUCUAUGUCCUCAGUGUGUGUAGGUGGUCGUCUGGACGUGGUGUUCCUGGUUCCAGCCUCCAGGGAUCGGACCAGCCUGGUUGAGCCCCUACUCUCCCUACUGACCAGCGCUGCCGGCUCCCUCACCACCAUCGGAGCCCAGGACUCACAGGUACUGGAGUGGUCUAGGAUCAGUUUAGCCUUUUAGAUCAUAAUGAAUAAGACGCGGGGGGGGGGGGUUGGGACCUGAUCCUAGAUGAGUGCUCCUACUCUGAGACGCUUUGUGAAAGGCCCAGGCAUCUGUGUGUUGGCUUCUGGUGUACUUUUGUGAUGUGAUUCUGUGGUGUGGUGUUAUACUCUGUACUUCCUGUCCCCUCCAGAUGGGGAUUGUAGUGUACAGCGCCCGGCCCAAGGUCUGGUUCCUGCUCAAUCGCCAUAGCAACAGUGAGACGCUGCUUCAGGAGAUCCUGUCCACGCCUUUUGAAGACGGCCCAGGGAAUGCUCUAGGUGUGUGUGUGUUUUAUACGUACCUGUGUGUGUGUGUCAGGGUUUCCAUUAGGAAAAUGUUCCACCGGACAAGUGACCCGGAAAUAUUUAAUUUAUCGGACAUUUGAUACAUUUACCGGUCAUCCAUAUGCAUUGGGUGCAUAACCCAUUAGGCCAUCCACCCAUAUUGGCUAAAUGAUCCACAUUUACAUGUCCUUAAAAACAACCUAUAGGCCUCACUAAUUACAAAAACACUAUUCCUUGUGUUCUGAUGUGUAGCAUAUACACAGCUUUAUAGCCUAUUGUUUUUUUGUCUAAAAACAAUAAAUCAAAUCAAAUUGUAUUGGUCGCACACACAUAUUUAACAGAUUGCGAGUGUAGCGAAAUGCUUGUAAAGAAUACAGUUGAAGUCUGAAGUUUACAUACACCUUAGCCAAAUACAUUUAAACUCAGUUUUUCACAAUUCCUGACAUUUAAUCCUAGUAAAAAUUCCCUGUCUUAGGUCAUUUAGGAUCACCACUUCAUUUUAAGAAUGUGAAAUGUCAGAAUAAUAGUAGAGAGAAUGAUUUAUUUCAGCUUUUAUUUGUUUCAUCACAUUCCCAGUGGGUCAGAAAUGUACAUACACUUAAUUAGUAUUUGGUAGCAUUGCCUUUAAAUUGUUUAACUUGGGUCAAACGUUUCGGGUAGCCUUCCACAAGCUUCCCACAAUAAGUUGGGUGAAUUUUGGCCCAUUCCUCCUGACAGAGCUGGUGUAACUGAGUCAGGUUUGUAGGCCUCCUUGCUCGCACACGCUUUUUCAGUUCUGCCCACACAUUUUCUAUAGGAUUGAGGUCAGGGCUUUGUGAUGGCCACUCCAAUACCAUGACUUUGUUGUCCUUAAGCCAUUUUGCAACAACUUUGGAAGUACAGUGAGGGAAAAAAAUAUUUGAUCCCCUGCUGAUUUUGUAUGUUUGCCCACUGACAAAGAAAUGAUCAGUCUAUAAUUUUAAUGGUAGGUUUAUUUGAACAGUGAGAGACAGAAUAACAACAACAAAAUCCAGAAAAACGCAUGUCAAAAAUGUUAUAAAUUGAUUUGCAUUUUAAUGAAGGAAAUAAGUAUUUGACCCCCUCUCAAUCAGAAAGAUUUCUGGCUCCCAGGUGUCUUUUAUACAGGUAACGAGCUGAGAUUAGGAGAACACUCUUAAAGGGAGUGCUCCUAAUCUCAGUAUGUUACCUGUAUAAAAUACACCUGUCCAAAGAAGCUAUCAAUCAAUCAAAUUCCAAACUCUCCACCAUGGCCAAGACCAAAGAGCUCUCCAAGGAUGUCAGGGACAAGAUUGUAGACGUACACAAGGUUGGAAUGGGCUACAAAACCAUCGCCAAGCAGCUUGGUGAAAAAGUGACAACAGUUGGUGCGAUUAUUCACAAGUGGAAGAAACACAAAAUAACUGUCAAUCUCCCUUGGCCUGUGGCUCCAUGCAAGAUCUCACCUCGUGGAGUUGCAAUGAUCAUGAGAAUGGUGAGGAAUCAGCCCAGAACUACACGGGAGAAUCUUGUCAAUGACCUCAAGGCAGCUGUGACCAUAGUCACCAAGAAAACAAUUGGUAACACACUACGCCGUGAAGGACUGAAAUCCUGCAGCGCCCGCAAGGUCCCUCUGCUCAAGAAAGCACAUAUAAAUGCCCUUCUGAAGUUUGCCAAUGAACAUCUGAAUGAUUCAGAGGAGAACUGGGUGAAAGUGUUGUAGUCAGAUGAGACCAAAAUCGAGCUCUUUGGCAUCAACUCAACUCGCCGUGUUUGGAGGAAGAGGAAUGCUGCCUAUGACCCCAAGAACACCAUCCCCACCGUCAAACACGGAGGUGGAAACAUUAUGCUUUGGGGGUGUUUUUCUGCUAAGGGGACAGGACAACUUCACCGCAUCAAAGGGACGAUGGACUGGGCCAUGUACCGUCAAAUCUUGGGUGAGAACAUCCUUCCCUCAGCCAGGGCAUUGAAAUUGGGUCGUGGAAGGGUAUUCCAGCAUGACAAUGACCCAAAACACACAGCCAAGGCAACAAAGGAGUGGCUCAAGAAGAAGCACAUUAAGGUCCUGGAGUGGCCUAGCCAGUCUCCAGACCUUAAUCCCAUAGAAAAUAUCUGGAGGGAGCUGAAGGUUCGAGUUGCCAAACGUCAGGCUCGAAACCUUAAUGACUUGGAGAAGAUCUGCAAAGAGGAGUGGGACAAAAUCCCUCCUGAGAUGUCUGAACUCUUUGAUUGUCAACAAGGGUUUUGCCACCAAGUACUAAGUAAUGUUUUGCAGAGGGGUCAAAUACUUAUUUCCCUCAUUAAAAUGCAAAUCAAUUUAUAACAUUUUUGACAUGCGUUUUUUUUUUUUUUUUUUGUUGUUAUUCUGUCUCUCAUUGUUCAAAUAAACCUACCAUUAAAAUGAUCAAAUCAAAUCAAAUCACAUUUUAUUGGUCACAUGCGCCGAAUACAACAGGUGCAGACAUUACAGUGAAAUGCUUACUUACAGCCCUUAACCAACAGUGCAUUUAUUUUUAACAAAAAAAGUACAAAUAAACCAACAACAAAAAAAAGUGUUGAGAAAAAAAAGAGCAGAAGUAAAAUAAAAUAACAGUAGGGAGGCUAUAUAUACAGGGGGGUACGGUUGCAGAGUCAAUUUGCGGGGGCACCGGCUAGUUGAGGUAGUUGAGGUAAUAUGUACAUGUGGGUAGAGUUAAAGUGACUAUGCAUAAAUAAUUAACAGAGUAGCAGCAGCGUAAAAAGGAUGGGGUGGGGGGGCAGUGCAAAUAGUCCGGGCAGCCAUGAUUAGCUGUUCAGGAGUCUUAUGGCUUGGGGGUAGAAGCUGUUGAGAAGUCUUUUGGACCUAGACUUGGCACUCCGGUACCGCUUGCCGUGCGGUAGCAGAGAGAACAGUCUAUGACUAGGGUGGCUGGAGUCUUUUACAAUUUUGAGGGCCUUCCUCUGACACCGCCUGGUAUAGAGGUCCUGGAUGGCAGGAAGCUUGGCCCCAGUGAUGUACUGGGCCGUACGCACUACCCUCUGUAGUGCCUUGCGGUCGGAGGCCAAGCAGUUGCCAUACCAGGAGGUGAUGCAACCAGUCAGGAUGCCCUCGAUGGUGCAGCUGUAUAAUUUUUUGAGGAUCUGAGGACCCAUGCCAAAUCUUUUCAGUCUCCUGAGGGGGAAUAGGCUUUGUCGUGCCCUCUUCACGACUGUCUUGGUGUGUUUGGACCAUGAUAGUUCGUUGGUGAUGUGGACACCAAGGAACUUGAAGCUCUCAACCUGUUCCACUACAGCCCCGUCGAUGAGAAUGGGGGCGUGCUCAGUCCUCUUUUUUUUCCUGUAGUCCACAAUCAUCUCCUUUGUCUUGGUCACGUUGAGGGAGAGGUUGUUGUCCUGGCACCACACGGCCAGGUCUCUGACCUCCUCCCUAUAGGCUGUCUCAUCGUUGUCGGUGAUCAGGCCUACCACUGUUGUGUCGUCGGCAAACUUAAUGAUGGUGUUGGAGUCGUGCCUGGCCAUGCAGUCAUGGGUGAACAGAGAGUAUAGGAGGGGACUGAGCAUGCACCCUUGAGGGGCCCCCGUGUUGAGGAUCAGUGUGGCAAAUGUGUUGUUACCUACCCUUACCACCUGGGGGCGGCCCGUCAGGAAGUCCAGGAUCCAGUUGCAGAGGGAGGUGUUUAGUCCCAGGAUCCUUAGCUUAGUGAUGAGCUUAGAGGGCACUAUGGUGUUGAAUGCUGAGCUGUAGUCAAUGAAUAGCAUUCUCACGUAGGUGUUCCUCUUGUCCAGGUGGGAAAGGGCAGUGUGGAGUGCAAUAGAGAUUGCAUCAUCUGUGGAUCUGUUGGGGCGGUAUGCAAAUUGGAGUGGGUCUAGGGUUUCUGGGAUAAUGCUGUUGAUGUGGGCAAACGUACAAAAGUGUGCAAACGUACAAAAUUAGCAGGGGAUCAAAUACUUUUUUCCCUCACUGUAUGCUUGGGGUCAUUGUCCAUUUGGAAGAUCCAUUUGCGACCAAGCUUUAACUUCCUGACUGAUGUAUUGAGAUGUUGCUUCAAUAUAUCCACAUCAUUUUCCUUCCUCAUGAUGCCAUCUAUUUUGUGAAGUGCACCAGUCCCUCCUGCAGCAAAGCACCCCCACAGCAUGAUGCUGCCACCCCCGUGCUUCACGUUUGGGAUGGUGUUCUUCAGCUUGCAAGCAUCCCCCUUUUUCCUCCAAACAUAACAAUGGUCAUUAUGGCCAAAUAGUUCUAUUUUUGUUUCAUCAGACCAGAGGACAGUUCUCCAAAAAGUAUGAUUUUUGUCCCCAUGUGCAGUUGCAAACCGUAGAGUGGCUUUUUUAUGGCAGUUUUGGAGCAGUGGCUUCUUCCUGCUGAGCGGCCUUUCAGGUUAUGUCGAUAUAGGACUCGUUUUACUGUGGAUAUAGAUACUUUUGUACCUGUUUCCUCCAGCAUCUUCACAAGGUCCUUUGCUGUUGUUCUGGGAUUGAUUUGCACUUUUCGCACCAAAGUACGUUCAUCUCUAGGAGACAGAACGCGUCUCCUUCCUGAGCGGUAUGACGGCUGCGUGGUCCCAUGGUGUUUAUACUUGCGUACUAUUGUUUGUACAGAUGAACGUGGUACCUUCAGGCGUUUGGAAAUUGCUCCCAAGGAUGAACCAGACUUGUGGAGUUCUACAAUGUUUUUUCUGAGGUCUUGGCUGAUUUCUUUUGAUUUUCCCAUGAUGUCAAGCAAAGAUGCACUGAGUUUGAAGGUAGGCCUUGAAAUACAUCCACAGGUACACCUCCAAUUGACUCAAAUGAUGUCAAUUAGCCUAUCAGAAGCUUCUAAAGCCAUGACAUCAUUUUCUGUAAUUUUCCAAGCUGUUGAAAGGCACAGUCAACUUAGUGUAUGUAAACUUCUGACCCACUGAUACAGUGAAUUAUAUGUGAAAUAAUCUGUCUGUAAACAAUUGUUUUGUGUCAUGCACAAAGUAGAUGUCCUAACCGACUUGCCAAAACUAUAGUUUGUUAACAAGACAUUUGUGGAGUGGUUGAAAAAUUAGUUUUAAUGACUCCAACCUAAGUGUAUGUAAACUUCCGACUUCAAUUGUAAUUGUUCACCUCAAGGUUCAGCUGUCCCAGAUUUGAGCACUAAAUGCUGCAGGGAAUUGUGUGCAUUGGCCUAUAGGGAAAGGGAAAAGGGGAUACCUAGUCAGUUGUACAACUGAAUGCAUUCAACUGAAAUGUGUCUUCCGCAUUUAACCCAACCCCUCUGAAUCAGGCUUAGGUGUCCACUGUAUUAUAUUCAUAUUAAAAAAUAUAUAUAUAUAUAUUAAGGAGGAGAAGCCUAGGCCUAGCCCCACAGAUAUGUCGGUGGCAUGCGAUACCAACAUUAAUUUCUUUAUACUUGUCAGAUAGGCUAUACUUUAGGUGUACAGAAGGAGGCCUUUUCGUUCAUUUUCUAUUCAAAUAUUUUUUUUAUAAAGAUAAGCAUUAUAUUGUUACAUUAUAGUAGUAACUCUGGUAGGCCUAAAACAUUCUUCUUAAUGUCGGAGUCAGUUGGAGCACCGGUGCGCACUGCCUUCAUAUCAUAGGCCUGCAGUAUAAUAGGCUAAUAACCACACCACAGCAAACCUUCACAAAAGUUUCUCAACUCUAUUAGGGUAAUAGCAAAAGUAAAUCAAGCCAUUGUUUAUAGGGAAAAUACGAGCAGGAUAUUAUAUUGCGGCAAACACAACAUUACAGUUGCAACUUAAUUCGGCGAAAGAAAAUGGCUCAACAGAAUCAAACAAAAUACUGGUUUAAACCUUCACAAAAGUUUUGAACAGGCUAUAUUGCAGCAAUUACCAAGAAAGGCUAAUGUCUACCAUACCCAACAAAUGAGUGCAAUGGGCUGAUUAUAUUUAUUUUACAACAGGCCUCCUUAUAAACUAUUUUACACUAAUUUUACACUAAAUAUGGAGCACACAAUUAAAAAGACAAAUUUAAUUUAAUUUAGCCAAUGAAAAUGUCUCAACAGAAUGAAACAAAACAUGUUUUGCAUAUUUAAAGAACUGGUUUAGAUUAAUAAAUAGGCCUACAAUAAUAACAAUAACAGACAAUAAUAAUAAUGAUAAAACAAAUUAUUGUAAAUAAAUACAUUAAAGUUCCAAAAUUGCAUCCUACUCGAAUAGUGAGUUGCACAGUAGCCUGCAUUUGACCGCACCAACAUUCUUCUCAUCUUUGUCCACUACAAUAUUAACAAUUGUCCAUACAGAGGACAUUCCCCUUGUAACAGAGCUCUAGACUAACAUGUUCCCCUGGUGGCACUGGUGCCACUAAUUCUUUCAGUUGGUGGCACCAGCCCAUCAUUUGGUCGGACCAAGUAAUUCACAGUGCUUUAUUAAAAAGUGUAAUAGACUACUGAGAUGUUAUUGAACAAAUUAGUUGGUCACAGUCUGGAGCCCUGCCUUGUAGGCUUUUCACUAUAGGCAUACGCUCAAACUUUUGUUUCACUUCAAUGAAAAGGCCUCCAUCUUCGCAAUCAACAGUAGCCUUGGCCAAGGCUCCUCUGUCUCUCUCUCUCUCUCUCUCUCUCUCUCUCUUUCUCUCUCUCGCUCUCUCUCUCUCUCUACUCAGCAGCAUGGCAGCCCCGGACAAUUUGGCCAGCUGCAAUUUUAUUUAUCAGCUUUUCAUUUAUUUUAUCGGCCCGAAGCCGCCAAUUACCGGCUAACGGAAACCGUGGAGUGCGUGUGUGUAAUGAUAUGUAACUGUGUCUCUCUCCCUGCAGGCCAGGCGGUGACGUUCACAAGACAGUUCCUUCUCAGCCCCACAGCUGGUCGUAGACCAAGAGUUCCUGGCGUGGUGGUGAUCAUUGCAGACAGAAAAUCGUCCGACAACGUCACUGUCCCAGCGAGUGCUGUCAAAGCCUCAGGUAGCCUCACACAGACUGUAUAGAAAGCACUAACACACAAGCAGAUAUACAGCACCUGCACAUCUCUACCUAAUGAAAUCUGCUACAAUAAUUUUUAUCCCCACAGUCCCUUGUCACUCACUAUGUUUUAAACUAAAAUGUUGUACAAUAAAUAAAUAAAUACAAUUCCCAAUAUUUCCAUGACCAUGUGUGUGUGUCUAUCAGGUGUGACAGUGCUGGCGGUGGGUAUAGGUCGAGCGGACUCUGAGGAACUGCGCCAGGCGGUGACAGAUGGCAGCACCCAGAACCUCCUAUAUGCUCGUGAUGCCACCCAGCUUGGCACCCUGCACGCCGACCUGGCUGACCUGCUGUGUGGCGUCGCCAGGAUACCAGAGGGAGGGGUGAGAUAAGAGGGGAAAAGGUGGUGGGGAGGUGAGGUGAGCGAGAGAGAGAGAGAGAGAGAAAAAGAGAGAGAGAGAUUAGAAGACGGACCAUCCUGUAUAUCCCAUGAUAUUGCUGUCAAUGCUGUCAAUGUACGCUCUCCCAGUCAGUCAGUGAAUCAUUGCCAGGGACUCAGUGACAACAAUAAUAAUAAUAAUAUAAUAAUAUGCCAUUUAGAAGACGCUUUUAUCCAAAGCGACUUACAGUCAUGUGCGCAUACAUUUUUACGUAUGGGUGGUCCCGCGGAUCGAACCCACUACCCUGGCGUUACAAGCGCCAUGCUCUACCAAUUGAGCUACAGAGGACGAAUAUGGUGGAGUGCUCUGGGUCUUAGUGUGUAUGUUGUUGUUUUCUAUAUCAGGGCCCAGUGGCAGAGCCGUGUACCAUACAGUGUCCUCGGGUGAGUUACUGUACUGUUCCUCAUCCAUCCACAGCCAUCAUUACACUAUCACCAUUCCUUUCAACUUGUGUGUGCUCUCCUUUUCAUCCCUCUUUCCCUCUUUGCCCUGCUCUCGCUCAUAUCUGUUCAUUUUACUCUCUCUAGGGUGAUCGGGGGGAGCGAGGAGAAAAGGUAACAAUUGAAUGGUUUUAAUACCAUGCUCUGUAAUGUGGUCUUGGAAGCUCUAUGGUCAGUAGUUGUAUCAGUUUUCCUGAAAAGUUACUGACCCUCUGCUACAGGGAGAGAGAGGAAGAGACGGUACUGACGGACGCAAAGGAGAGCCGGUGAGUCCUUCACCACUGAAUAUUGAUCUGUAACUGGUAGCUCAAACAUUAGCGUCUACUUAUCAUUCACUGAGAUAUUUAAUUGUGUGUGUGUGUUCCAGGGUCGUGAUGGUUUGCCUGGCAGGGAGGGCCCCAGGGGGCCUGAGGGGCGACAGGGUCUGCCUGGCGGGAGUGAGGCCCCCUCAGUUGGGGUCAGAGGGGAGAAGGGGGAGAGGGUGAGUACAUACACAUAAACACUUAUACUCAACACUAGUACUGUUGUACUGUUCUGCUGUAUUUACUGUUGUUCUCUCUUCAGGGUUUUCCUGGUCUGGAUGGGGGUCCAGGGUUGCCAGGGCGACCAGGGACCCCGGGCCCUGCAGGAGUACCGGUGAGUAGUCAGGGACCACAAUCACAGCCAGGGCCAGUCCCAAUGUGUUAAUAUAAAACCCAAUAACACAUGUUGUUAUCCUGAUGUUCUUAUAAGUUGUAAAUGGCCAAGUAAGCUUUGUGCAAGCCAGAACGGCUCAUAGGAGCAGGAGCCUAUCUCCUGUUUCUGUAGCGUGAGGCAGCACACCCCCUGGACAGGACGCUAGUCUAUCGCAGUAACAACUCUCUUCCAAUCCAUCUCCUUAAUGCUGAGUGCCAAGCAGAGAGAGCAGCUGGUUCAAUUUUUUUGAGCUAUUGGAAUGACUCGACCAGGGAUUGAACCCCCAACCUUUUAAUCUCAGGGCGGACACUCUAACAACAAUGCCGCUGAGUUGGUCCAACUUGCUUUAGACGUGGUUUAACAACAGAUGUUUUGCUAUUUUGUCUUUUUCAGGGUUCACAGGGGCUACCGGGUAUCAGAGGAGAUCCUGUAAGUAUCCCUCAGCAAUGCCUAUGUGAUCUGUAUCUAGCACUUAUGUGUGUGUUUACAGUAUGUGUGUUGUUGUAUUAUCAAGUUAGAUUUUUUAUGUUUUCUCUGUGGCAGGGUGAUCCUGGGGUUAAAGGAGCACCAGGGACAAAGGGUGACAGGGGCGACAGGGUGAGUACAGUACACCUCUUUAUCCUCAGUACACUAUACGUUGUAUGUCAUCCCAUCUGCUGUUUGUAUGUUCGAUGUUCACUAAGCUGGUUCUUUGCUGGUGUUCCAGGGUGAGCCAGGGUCGGCUGUUUCAGGAGGAGGUCUGCCUGGGAGGAAAGGAGAACCAGGGAUCCCAGGAAUACCAGUGAGACAGACACACACACACAGCCAGAUAUUCUCUUCAGUUGAAUGAAUUCUUAGUGAUGAUGAAUUAUAUUUUCUCUGUUACCCAGGGUACCGCAGGGCGUCCAGGAACUGACGGGGCCAAGGGCUUUGUGGGACCUGCAGGGACCCCAGGACAAGACGGUCGCCCCGGGAUACCAGGCACCCCUGGCAUCUCCAUCAAGGUCAGUUACCCUGGUCUGGUCUGGCCCUCGAUACACUAACUAGUGAACAGACCACAUUGGGGAGAAAGACACUAAUUAAAGUAGCCUGUAACCUGUAUGUAUACUGUGAAUAUCAAGAGUGGACACAUGGGGUUGGAAGAGAGUUGUUACUCAUUUCGCAGGCACCUCAUCAGUUCAGGUUCAAUUCAAGUUGCUCCCAAAAACAUGCCCCCUUUUCAAAAGUGCUAGAUUGUUCGAACUUCGUGUGAUGGAAGUGCUGUGAGGGAUGUUCAUACAUCGUUUACUUCCUCUUUUAAAAUAUAUCCUAACCUUGAGAAUAACCCCCAACAGUCUGUCUGUGAUAUGAUAAUGUGGGAAACGAAAACAUGAUUAGAUUAGAUUAGAUUUCUAUGUUCUUUCCAUGUGUCAUCUAAAAAUGAUUGGUUCUGUUGAGAUGUAUAAGAGUGACCUUACGAACCUUUCUCUCUCUUUUAAUAUCUCUGUCAUCCUCCUCUGUAUAAUUUUCCACCUGAUCAUGCCCUUCCAUCGGUUUCCAUGACAACCAGUAUCUUCAGACUUAGAGAGGCCUUGAUGUUUCGUCAUAGUGCAGUAGACAGUCAGUGUGCAUGUGUGCGUGUGCGUGUGUGUGUGUGUGUGUGUGUGCGUGUCUGGGAGUCAAAUGUAUUCCUAUACUGGGAUGUAUGACAGUGUCUGCGGAACAACAAAGCUCAAUCACUAAUCAUUCCUUUCUUUCUCUCUCUCUCUCUCUCUCUCUCUCUCUCUCUCUCUCUCUCUCUCUCUCUCUCUCUCUCUCUCUCUCUCUCUCUCUCUCUCUCUCUCUCUCUCUCUCUCUCUCUCCUUUUAGGGAGACAAGGGCAGCACCGGCGAGAGGGUGAGUCAUCCAGUGCUGUCCGCAGCUUGUCUUGUAGAUUCAUUGCAGAUAUCUCUGUAAGAAUGAUAAGAGGAUAAUGAUUGUCACAUCUCUUUUAUCUCUCUCUGUCUGUGUGUCUGUCUGUCCUGCUGACAGGGACCUCCAGGAGUGGGCAGUGGCUCGGCUGUAAAGGGGGAGAAGGGAUCACCGGUAAGAUCUGUCAAUCACUGGACAUGUGUCAUUUGUGUGUCUUUGUGUAUGUGUGUCUGCAUUUGUAUCGUGCAGAUCUCUGGGGUGAUAAUUAUACUGUCUAGGGCUGCUACGCUGACCGUAUUACCGCCACACCGGCAGUCACCAGUCAUGACCACAGUCAAAUUCCACGUGACAUGACCGUUGAGUCACAGUAACUAGGCUUCUCCAAAACUGUGCUCUUAUGCUGCUGAUGGUCGUGAGAAGCCUACCAAACUUGCUAACGGCCAGUCGCUAAUGGCCUGGUACUCUGCCCUCUAUUGUCCCUCUAAUCACUAUGACAUCAAUGCAAAUGGUUCGAAAAUCAAAUCGAACAUUUCAUGGGAGCCCUGGCAUUCAGAGUUUGAGCGGAAUAGGAUCACCUGUUGCGCAGCGAGAGCCAGCUCCUCAUAGUUGGUUGAUGCAUGGAAUGAAAUAAUUGUUCCUGGAAGCCCAUGUUGCGCAAAAUGUCUAUAGACUAUGCUAUGCAAUUGCGAGAGAAAAUAGUUUUUCUAUUAAAAAAAGGAGGUUCCCAUCAGCUUUCUAUUGGCUAGGCCUACUAUAUUUAUUCCUCAAGUUUCCUAAUAUGAAGUACAGUGAGGGAAAAAAGUAUUUGAUCCCUGCUGAUUUUGUACGUUUGCCCACUGACAAAGACAUGAUCAGUCUAUAAUUUUAAUGGUAGGUUUAUUUGAACAGUGAGAGACAGAAUAACAACAACAAAAUCCAGAAAAACGCAUGUCAAAAAUGUUAUAAAUUGAUUUGCAUUUGAAUGAGGGAAAUAAGUAUUUGACCCCUCUGCAAAACAUGACUUAGUACUUGGUGGCAAAACCCUUGUUGGCAAUCACACUGGUCAGACGUUUCUUGUAGUUGGCCACCAGGUUUGCACACAUCUCAGGAGGGAUUUUGUCCCACUCCUCUUUGCAGAUCUUCUCCAAGUCAUUAAGGUUUCAAGGCUGAAGUUUGGCAACUCGAACCUUCAGCUCCCUCCACAGAUUUUCUAUGGGAUUAAGGUCUGGAGACUGGCUAGGCCACUCCAGGACCUUAAUGUGCUUCUUCUUGAGCCACUCCUUUGUUGCCUUGGCUGUGUGUUUUGGGUCAUUGUCAUGCUGGAAUACCCAUCCACGACCCAUUUUCAAUGCCCUGGCUGAGGGAAGGAGGUUCUCACCCAAGAUUUGACGGUAUAUGGCCCCGUCCAUCGUCCCUUGAUGUGGUGAAGUUGUCCUGUCCCCUUAGCAGAAAAACACAGCCAAAGCAUAAUGUUUCCACCUCCAUGUUUGACGGUGGGGAUGGUGUUCUUGGGGUCAUAGGCAGCAUUCUUCCUCCUCCAAACACGCUGAGUUGAGUUGAUGCCAAAGAGCUCGAUUUUGGUCUCAUCUGACCACAACACUUUCACCCAGUUCUCCUCUGAAUCAUUCAGAUGUUCAUUGGCAAACUUCAGACGGGCCUGUAUAUGUGCUUUCUUGAGCAGGGGGACCUUGCGGGCGCUGCAGGAUUUCAGUCCUUCACGGCGUAGUCUGUUACCAAUUGUUUUCUUGGUGACUAUGGUCCCAGCUGCCUUGAGAUCAUUGACAAGAUCCUCCCGUGUAGUUCUGGGCUGAUUCCUCACCGUUCUCAUGAUCAUUGCAACUCCACGAGGUGAGAUCUUGCAUGGAGCCCCAGGCCGAGGGAGAUUGACAGGUCUUUUGUGUUUCUUCCAUUUGCGAAUAAUCGCACCAACUGUUGUCACCUUCUCACCAAGCAGCUUGGCGAUGGUCUUGUAGCCCAUUCCAGCCUUGUGUAGGUCUACAAUCUUGUCCCUGACAUCCUUGGAGAGCUCUUUGGACUUGGCCAUGGUGGAGUUUGGAAUCUGAUUGAUUGAUUGCUUCUGUGGACAGGUGUCUUUUAUACAGGUAACAAACUGAGAUUAGGAGCAUUCCCUUUAAGAGUGUGCUCCUAAUCUCAGCUCGUUACCUGUUUAAAAGACACUUGGGAGCCAGAAAUCUUUCUGAUUGAGAGGGGGUCAAAUACUUAUUUCCCUCAUUAAAAUGCAAAUCAAUUUAUAACAUUUUUGACAUGCUUUUUUCUGAAUUUUGUUGUUGUUAUUCUGUCUCUCACUGUUCAAAUAAACCUACCAUUAAAAUUAUAGACUGAUCAUUUCUUUUUCAGUGGGCAAACGUACAAAAUCAGCAGGGGAUCAAAUAAUGUUUUCCCUCACUGUACAUUGCUUUGCUUUACAACCGGAGUAGCCUACCUGGCUGGCAUGAAAAUGAACCGCGGGAAAAGUGUCCUCUAUUUGCUAUUCAAGUGCAUACGGAUGACGUCUUUUUUUCCCCUGCCCCUGUUUCGACAGGUGCAUGAUAAUGGCCCAUUCUAAAUCAAAACUAAUUUCACAUAUAUAUUAUUUAGUAUAUGUAAAGACUAGAUUAAAUUAAGAAUAGUCUGAUGGGUGAGAAUAUGAUCACUUGUGAAUGAUGCCCAGCGUAUGCAUUCUAAGGCAAGAAACAGCAAUGCAUUUUUGUUUUACUUUUUCAAAUCAAUCAUGUCUCUCUAUUAUGGGUGGGAAUACUUGGGAACAGAUUUCUUAAAUUAAAAUUACUUGCAGCUGAUUUCCUGGUGUUUUUACAGUCUUUUAUGUGCAACAAUAAAAAAUAAAGAAAUCAUAUUUUAUCGUUUUGCACAUAAAACUUGAGGGGCCAAAUAAAACCACCCACAGGCCAAAUUCGGCCCACGGGCCGCCAGUUGGGGAACCCUGCUAUAGGCCUAGGACCCCUUGAAAAGGGUUGGAGAGCCCAUAGCCUACAGAGCCUAGUGAAACAUGUGUUCUUAUAAGCCCAGUCAUCACGUGUGGCCACUAUUUCAAAGAGGAUCCCAGCUUUCUCGUGCUGCUAUAUUUAUUGCUUAAUUCUUAAAAUUGAGCACAUUAAUCCGCUUUACAAAUGGUGUAGCCCACCUAGCAUAUUAAAAAUGUAAGUGCUCGAAGCACUUCCUCCAUUCGCUAUUCGAGUGCAGGCUUUUUUUUUGUGGGCCAUUCUAAAUAAAAAAGUAUUCCAACUGUACACUGAGUGUACUAAACAUUAUGAACACCUGCUCUUUCCAUGACAUAGACUGACCAGGUGAAUCCAGGUGAAAGCUAUGAUCCCUUAUUGAUGUCACUUGUUAAAUCCACUUCAAUCAGUGUAGAUGAAGGGGAGGAGUCAGGUUAAAGAAGGAUUUUAAGCCUUGAGAAAAUUGAGACAUGGAUUGUGUAUGUGUGUCAUUUAGAGGGUAAUUGGGCACGACAAAAUAUUUAAGUGCCUUUGAACUGGGUAUGGUAGUAGGUGCCAGGUGCACCGGUUUGUGUCAAGAACUGCAAUGCUGCUGGGUUUUUCACGCUCAACAGUUUUCCGUGUGUAUCAAGAAUGGUCCACCACCCAAAAGACAUCCAGCCAACUUGACACAACUGUGGGAAGCGUUGGAGUCCACAUGGGCCAUCAUCCCUGUGGAAUGCUUUCGACACCUUGUAGAGUCCAUGCCCCGACGAAUUGAGGCUGUUCUAUUUCUAUUUUAUUCAUCUAUGUUCAAUUGUAUUCUUCUUACUAUAAAAUAAUAUAAAAUAAUGCUACGAGACUUAUAAGGAAAUCUUGUCUGCUAAAUUAACUAGUGUAGCCCACAGCCAUAUGGCAUAGCCAGAUCAGGGCCUAACAUACUGUAAGGACGACUCAGAAUAUGCUAAUCUGUUCUUCAUAUCAUAAUGUUUCUUUAGACCUGCAUAAACUAAAUAAUGGAUUUGUUUUGAUGGUGUAGGCUAUAUUAAAUAGAUUUAUUAGACUUUUUAAAAUUCCAAAGAUCCGCAUCAGUGGCUUGUAGGCUAUGCAUGGAGGCCUGGAGAUGCUAAACAUUUUGAUGUUAAUUAACAGUCAAUUACUGUGAGACCGGCAGUUAUCUGCAUUACCGGCUGACAUUUCAUGACCGCCACAGCCCUAUACAUGUUUUUUAGUCAUUUAGCAGACGCUCUUAUCCAGAGCGACUUACAGUUGGUGAACACAUUUUUUUUAAAUUCUUUUUUUAAUAUACUGGCCCCCCAUGGGAAUCGAACCCACAACCCUGGCGUUGCAAACGCCAUGCUCUAUCAACUGAGCUACAUCCCUGCCGGCCAUUCCCUCCCCUACCCUGGACGACGCUGGGCCAAUUGUGCGCCACCUCAUGGGUCUCCCGGUCGCGGCCGGCUGCGACAGAGCCUGGAUUCGAACCAGGAUCUCUAGUGGCACAGUUUGCACUGCGAUGCAGUGCCUUAGACCACUGCGCCACUCAGGAGAGUCUAUGUUUUGAUGUGUGUGUUAGGUGUGUGUGUGUGUGUGGGUUACCAUAAUUUAUGUAUUUUGUUGGUUUCAGGGGUCUGAUGGAAACCCAGGAGCUCAAGGUCCCAGAGGAUUUACAGGACAACAGGGAGCCAAAGGAGACAAGGUUGGUACUGUGUGUGUGUGUGUGUGUGUGUGUGUGUGUGUGUGUGUGUGUGUGUGUGUGUGUGAAAGAGAGAAAGUGUGUACUGAGUUUUUUUUUUUAUGUUUCAGGGAGAGAGUGCCGAGGGGUUGCCAGGACCAGCUGGGAAGGCAGGAGAGCCUGGUGAUCGGGUAGGACUCACAUACAUACAGUGGGGGGAAAAAAGUAUUUAGUCAGCCACCAAUUGUGUAAGUUCUCCCACUUAAAAAGAUGAGAGAGGCCUGUAAUUUUCAUCAUAGGUACACGUCAACUAUGACAGACAAAAUGAGAAAAAAAAUCCAGAAAAUCACAUUGUAGGAUUUUUUAUGAAUUUAUUUGCAAAUUAUGGUGGAAAAUAAGUAUUUGGUCACCUACAAACAAGCAAGAUUUCUGGCUCUCACAGACCUGUAACUUCUUCUUUAAGAGGCUCCUCUGUCCUCCACUCGUUACCUGUAUUAAUGGCACCUGUUUGCACUUGUUAUCAGUAUAAAAUACACCUGUCCACAACCUCAAACAGUCACACUCCAAACUCCACUAUGACCAAGACCAAAGAGCUGUCAAAGGACACCAGAAACAAAAUUGUAGACCUGCACCAGGCUGGGAAGACUGAAUCUGCAAUAGGUAAGCAGCUUGGUUUGAAGAAAUCAACUGUGGGAGCAAUUAUUAGGAAAUGGAAGACAUACAAGACCACUGAUAACCUCCCUCGAUCUGGGGCUCCACGCAAGAUCUCACCCCGUGGGGUCAAAAUGAUCACAAGAACGGUGAGCAAAAAUCCCAGAACCACACGGGGGGACCUAGUGAAUGACCUGCAGAGAGCUGGGACCAAAGUAACAAAGCCUACCAUCAGUAACACACUACGCCGCCAGGGACUCAAAUGCUGCAGUGCCAGACGUGUCCCCCUGCUUAAGCCAGUACAUGUCCAGGCCCGUCUGAAGUUUGCUAGAGUGCAUUUGGAUGAUCCAGAAGAGGAUUGGGAGAAUGUCAUAUGGUCAGAUGAAACCAAAAUAUAACUUUUUGGUAAAAACUCAACUCGUCGUGUUUGGAGGACAAAGAAUGCUCAGUUGCAUCCAAAGAACACCAUACCUACUGUGAAGCAUGGGGGUGGAAACAUCAUGCUUUGGGGCUGUUUUUCUGCAAAGGGACCAGGACGACUGAUCCGUGUAAAGGAAAGAAUGAAUGGGGCCAUGUAUCGUGAGAUUUUGAGUGAAAACCUCCUUCCAUCAGCAAGGGCAUUGAAGAUGAAACGUGGCUGGGUCUUUCAGCAUGACAAUGAUCCCAAACACACCGCCCGGGCAACGAAGGAGUGGCUUCGUAAGAAGCAUUUCAAGGUCCUGGAGUGGCCUAGCCAGUCUCCAGAUCUCAACCCCAUAGAAAAUCUUUGGAGGGAGUUGAAAGUCUGUGUUGCCCAGCGACAGCCCCAAAACAUCACUGCUCUAGAGGAGAUCUGCAUGGAGGAAUGGACGAAAAUACCAGCAACAGUUUGUGAAAACCUUGUGAAGACUUACAGAAAACGUUUGACCUGUGUCAUUGCCAACAAAGGGUAUAUAACAAAGUAUUGAGAAACUUUUGUUAUUGACCAAAUACUUAUUUCCCACCAUAAUUUGCAAAUAAAUUCAUUAAAAAUUAAAAAAAAAUCUCAUUUUGUCAGUCAUAGUUGACGUGUACCUAUGAUGAAAAUUACAGGCCUCUCUCAUCUUUUUAAGUGGGAGAACUUGCACAAUUGGUGGCUGACUAAAUACUUUUUUCCCCCACUGUACAUAUCUGUUACUGUGAAAUGAAGGACAUACUCAAGUCAUGUACAGUAUAUUCCAACAGUCCUGUAUUUGUGUGAUUUAGGGUCCCCGUGGGCCUGCUGGAGGCCUUGGAGUCAAGGUAAGACAAUACAAAACAUUAGAUAAAAUCUCCAUAUUUGGAACUAGAAUGAAUGAUACAAUUGAUAUUUGGGUGGAUGCAUGGAUGGAUGGAUGGAUGACCCUGCUCUCUCUGUCUUCUCAGGGGGACCGUGGCCAGCCAGGUGAGCCUGGAUCACAAGGUGACAGGGUGAGUGAGGAUAGAGCCCCUUUAACCCAGUUUGACUCCUGCUGUUAAAUUGGUGUGUAUGCUGUGGGUUGUAACUGACUGUGUUGUUUUUCCAGGGGGAGAGAGGACUUGCUGGCUUGGCAGGGGAGAGAGUGAGUACAGUACCAUGCAAUUGGUUAUGCCUCUUUUCACUGUGACCUUGUUCGUGACCAUGAAGCUAGAUAUUGUACAGCUACAGUGUAUGAAUAUCACAUUUGUUUUACAUGUUCAUGUGUUCACUAGUAUUCAUCCUCACUCACUCACUUAUCCUACUCCUACACUGAACCGAAUCCAUAAGUAUUAGCAUGAAGGUCACAGGUAUUGGAAAAGCCUGCUGAGCCGUGUCAUGCAGUGUGUUGUCCUGACCACAAUGUGGCGCUGUGUGUUUCAGGGGGAAGACAGGACAGCCAGGCUCUACAGGGGCUCCAGGCCUGAGGGUGAGUAACUAUCAGUGGUGGAAAAAGUACUCAAUGGUCAUACUUGAGUAAAAGUAAAGAUACCUUAAUAGAAAAUGACUCAAGUAAAAAUACUCCUUGAGUAAAAGUCUAAAAGUAUUUGGUUUUAAAUAUACUUAAGUAUUAAAAGUAAAUGGAAUUGCUAAAAUGUACUUAAGUAUCAAAAGUAAAAGUAAAAGCAUAAACCAUUUCAAAUUCCUUAUUUUAAGCAAACCAGAAUUUUUUUUUUUUAAUGUACGGAUAGCCAGGGGCACACUCCAACACUCAGACAUAAUUUACAAAUGAAGCAUUUGUGUUUAGUGAGUCCACCAGAUCAGAGGCAGUAGGGAUGACCAGGGAUGUUAUCUUGAUAAGUGUGUGAAUUGGACCAUUUUCCUGCCAAAAUGUAACGAGUACUUUUGGGUGUCAGGGAAAAUAUAUGGAGUAAAAAGUACAUUAUUUUCUUUAGGAAUGUAGUGAAGUAAAAGUAAAAGUUGGCAAAAAUAUAAAUAGUGAAGUAAAGUACAGAUACCCCCAAAAAAUAGUUAAGUAGUACUUUAAAGUAUUUUUACUUAAGUACUUUACACCACUGGUAACUAUGUCUUACUGUACCUCUAUUGGUCUCUCUCUCUUCGUGACAUAUUUGGGUCAUCUUCACACCAUGACCCACCACUAUUGAUUAAUGUCAUUUAGGUAUAGGAUUUGAUUAUACAUGCUACUGCUUUAGAGAAUUGUGAUAUUUUAUCACCAUGUGUGAGUGUGUGAGUCAUGUGUGUGUAUGUGAGUUAGUCUGUGUUGAUUUGCUUGCAGGGUUUGCCUGGCACCAGUGGACUACCAGGGGAGAAGGUGAGGCUAAUGCAGUCUGACUUACUCUUUGAUCAAUCGAAGUGAAUCUCCACAAAAUAAACAUGACUGUAAUCACAACAAUGACAUCAACUAAACAAAGGUGAACAUCAGAUAAAAACACCCUAACCUGUAUGUUUCCAGGGCAGUGAGGGCGCCAAGGGAGAACCUGGCCGGAGUGUGAGUCACCUCAUAGCCACAUGCUAUAUUUUGAUGCCUCAUGGUUAGAUAGACCGAUAUGAUUUAUUUUACAUGGAUUUUGAUGGAAGCAAUUUACUAUACAGUUAUUGAGAAGGAAGAGAUCAGGAUUGGUCAGUAUUGGUCAAUGUGAUGAUAUUUCCUCCUCUGUAUCAUUCUACACAUCCAGGGGCCAGGCUUAGGUGGGAAGAAAGGUGAACAGGCAAGUUGCCCACUUUUAUGUCCUCAUACUGCACAUCUCCAUAUCAAUGGUUGAUAUGUUGAUGUACUGUAGACAGUAACAACACUUUCUCCAUAGACUCAUGCUCUCUUCCCCCUCUCCUCUCCUCUCUCAGGGUGAGACAGGUCUGCCAGGUCCGGAGGGGCCCAGGGGUCAGAAAGGAGAGCCAGCCCAGAAAGGUGAAAAAGUGAGUUGGUACCCACAGGGUACAUGAUGGUGCACUGCAUGAAACUGGCACUGCAUGCCCUUGUGUGGUGUGUGUGGCAUGCGUGUGUGUGUGUAUAGGUGAUUUAAUGAUGCUCUCUAUGCAAGCGGGUAUAGAUGUUUUCUGCUGUUCUUCUCUCUUUAUGCUCUCACUGUUUCUCAUUCUCUAAUUUUCCCCUCUCCUCUUGCGUUCUUCCAGGGUCCCCCAGGUGCUGGCACUCCUGGCCAGGCUGGACCUAAAGGAGAGCAGGGGGAUCGGGUGAGUUCAGACCAAGCUGUGGUCAUGUAUCAAUCUUUAUCUAAGCUACAAACCAAAUGUCUUUGAUACAUGUGCAGAAAGCCUCAGAGGUACAGUAUAUAUUGUAAAGUAUAUAUAUAUUAUUCAUUGAGCUUCCCUGUGUAGCUGCUGACAGAUGCUCUGCCCGUAGGCCAUGUCCUACACACUCAGACUGACAUGUUAUUUUCCCUCUAGGGACUCCCUGGCUUAGCUGGAAGACUGGGGACCAAGGUGAGUCAUGUGCCUAGAGUGGCUUUUGUUCUUUUAUUUUAACUUCUAUUUAGUGUUUAUGUUGCAACAGUGUUGUUGUCUCAUAAAGUAACUUGUAAGUAAUUAUUAUCUUUCUUAUAGUAAAACUCUUGUGUCAUGUGAGUCCAGCUGAUCUCAAUGUGUACCUUUUGGUGUUGUAGGGAGACCCAGGUGACCCAGGAGAGAGAGGGGAGACAGGACGAGCCGGACCCGGAGGAAAGAAUGGCCUCCCAGGGAAAGAGGUCUGAGACACUACCACUCUGACCCUGGAGCUUUUCACCUCUGCAUGUUAUACUAUCACUCACCCACUGCAAUAACCCCUGUGACCUGUUUCAGUACUGGUCACUCACUGCACUAACAACCUGUUAUCACUCUAUUACUACUACUCUGUUAUAACUAUGCUACUAUUAUGUUAUAGCUAUUGUUUUUUCUCUUCACUACUGGGUCAUUACCGUGUUACUUCUACACGGUUAUUUCUGCAGUUCAGUCAACCUACAUUUAUUCAAUACUGUACCACCGAAGGGAAUGAAUGUCAUACUGCCAUUCCAGUGCAACUAAUUACUGUACUAAUACAGUGUGUCUAUUCUGACCUCUUUGUUGUGUAAGUGUUGUUAUGAAUACCUAACCAGUCCUUUCUAUCUCUCUCCCCUGCCCCUCAUACCCUGAUUCCACUAGAGGUACAUCACUAAUGACUUACUGCAACUACAGUGAGGGAAAAAAGUAUUUGAUCCCCUGCUGAUUUUGUACGUUUGCCCACUGACAAAGACAUGAUCAGUCUAUAAUUUUUAUGGUAGGUUUAUUUGAACAGUGAGAGACAGAAUAACAACAAAAAAAUCCAGAAAACGCAUGUAAAAACUGUUAUAAAUUGAUUUGCAUUUUAAUGAGGGAAAUAAGUAUUUGACCCCUCUCAAUCAGAAAGAUUUCUGGCUCCCAGGUGUCUUUUAUACAGGUAACGAGCUGAGAUUAGGAGAACACUCUUAAAGGGAGUGCUCCUAAUCUCAGUUUGUUACCUGUAUAAAAGACACCUGUCCACAGAAGCAAUCAAUCAAUCAGAUUCCAAACUCUCCACCAUGGCCAAGACCAAAGAGCUCUCCAAGGAUGUCAGGGACAAGAUUGUAGACCUACACAAGACUGGAAUGGGCUACAAGACCACCGCCAAGCAGCUUGGUGAGAAGGUGACAACAGUUGGUAUGAUUAUUCGCAAAUGGAAGAAACAAAAAAGAACUGUCAAUCUCCCUCGGCCUGGGGCUCCAUGCAAGAGCUCACCUCGUGGAGUUGCAAUGAUCAUGAGAACGGUGAGGAAUCAGCCCAGAACUACACGGGAGGAUCUUGUCAAUGGUCUCAAGGCAGCUGGGACCAUAGUCACCAAGAAAACAAUUGGUAAAACACUACGCCGUGAAAGACUGAAAUCAUGCAGCGCCCGCAAGGUCCCCCUGCUCAAGAAAGCACAUAUACAGGCCCGUCUGAAGUUUGCCAAUGAACAUCUGAAUGAUUCAGAGGAGAACUGGGUGAAAGUGUUGUGGUCAGAUGAGACCAAAAUCGAGCUCUUUGGCAUCAACUCAACUCAGCGUGUUUGGAAGAGGAGGAAUGCUGCCUAUGACCCCAAGAACACCAUCCCCACCGUCAAACAUGGAGGUGGAAACAUUAUGCUUUGGCUGUGUUUUUCUGCUAAGGGGACAGGACAACUUCACCGCAUCAAAGGGACAAUGAACAGGGCCAUGUACCGUCAAAUCUUGGGUGAGAACCUCCUUCCCUCAGCCAGGGCAUUGAAAAUGGGUUGUGGAUGGGUAUUCUAGCAUGACAAUGACCCAAAACACACGGCCAAGGCAACAAAGGAGUGGCUCAAGAAGAAGCACAUUAAGGUCCUGGAGUGGCCUAGCCAGUCUCCAGACCUUAAUCCCAUAGAAAAUCUGUGGAGGGAGCUGAAGGUUCGAGUUGCCAAACUUCAGCCUUGAAACCUUAAUGACUUGGAGAAGAUCUGCAAAGAGGAGUGGGACAAAAUCCCUCCUGAGAUGUGUGCAAACCUGGGGGCAAACUACAAGAAACGUCUGACCUCUGUGAUUGCCAACAAGGGUUUUUCCACCAAGUACUUAGUCAUGUUUUGCAGAGGGGUCAAAUACUUAUUUCCCUCAUUAAAAUGCAAAUCAAUUUAUAACAUUUUUGACAUGCGUUUUUCUGGAUUUUGUUGUUGUUAUUCUGUCUCUCACUGUUUAAAUAAACCAACCAUUAAAAUCAUGGACUGAUCAUGUCUUCAUCAGUGGGCAAACGUACAAAAUUAGCAGGGGAUCAAAUACUUUUUUCCUUCACUGUAUGCUUGGGGUCAUUGUCCAUUUGGAAGACCCAUUUGCGACCAAGCUUUAACUUCCUGACUGAGUGGGCAAACAUACAAAAUCAGCAGGGGAUACUUUUUUCCCUCACUGUACCUUUUGCACUAAUACUAAAACAAUACUACUUCUACCAACUAAGUCUACUUCAAGUCUACCGCAAUCUCUUUUCUGUAUAUAUCACUACUUUUACCAUUGCCCUAUGUGAUGUUGUGGGGUUCUUGUUUAAAAGUUUGACGUGUUUUGACUGUGUCACUGUGGUCAGUGUGGUCUUCUCCCCCUGUGAUGGAACUGAAUUAUGGAUGACUGUUUUACAGGGUGCCAAGGGAGACAAGGGCGACGAAGGCAGUCCCGUAAGUCACAAUCUCUUCAUCCAUCUCUCUACAUCUGUUUCUCUCUCGCUCUCCCUGUCUCUCGCUCUCUCUCUAUCUCUCGCUCUCUCUCGCUCUCGCGCACUCUUAUCUAAUUCCAUCUGUUCCAUUCAACGUUUUCCAUGUUUGAAUGACACUUCUCCUUCUCUGGCUCCCAUUCUCUGUAUUAGAUAAAGCAUGCAUUAACUGAAUUGGUGAAUGAGAGAUGUGUAUCGUCAUAUGAUUUAGUCACGCCUCAGACCCUCUUUUCAUCUGACAGGAGAGUGAUGGAGACUAGAGGCAAUAGUCUGUUUCUAUGUCUUCCUCUCCUCCUCCUCCUUCUCCCUCUUCCUCUCCUCCAUCGGUCUCUCUCAUCUUCUGUCUGUUCUCUCUCCUUCCACCAGGGGGAGUCUGGUCUACCAGGGAAGGCAGGGGAGAGAGGACUACGGGUGAGUAGUCAUGUCUGUGUCACAUACAACUAUGAAACGUUAAAAGAAUCCCUUUUAUGCCCUCUUUUUAGAAUGGUCUCGCUGUACUGUAUAUGGUGAUUGGUCACUAAUGAACCACAGGAAACCUUUCUUACAUGAUCUGAAGUGGAUGUUUUGAGGACAGAUGAAACCCUGAUGAAGACAGCUUAGCUGUCGAAACGUUGGUUAAACCAAUUUUUGCAUGGGUGUGCAGCUUUUCCUUUUAUUUUCUAAGAUGUUUUCAGGACUUCCAUGGUAACUAAGCACAUAAUCUGUGUGGUUUUGUCCCCCUUCCUUAGGGUCUGGCGGGUCAGCCUGGGCGAGCAGGGGAGAAGGGAGACCUAGGAGACUCUGGAGAGCACGGACGCAAUGUAAGACACAUGUUUAUGUGACAAAGUGACACCCCUCUGACAGUUUGAUCUGAUAUACUGUCUGUGUCUUCUGUGUAAUAGUUAUCGAGAGCGCAGAAGGCAUGUGAGAUGCAUGUUUGUGACACCCAUGAGUCUGUUAAUCAUUCACGUGACACACAUCUGACAAUCUUCAGCCUGAUUGAUCUGAUACUGUCUGUGUCAGUAUUUGUGUUGGUUACUGUGAGUAAUACAGUAGCAGUGAGUCAGUUGAUGUCUGUCUAUAGUGACACGUGUGUCUGUGUGAUCCUGUGUGUGUGUGGUGUGUGUCUUCCACAGGGAAGCCCAGGACCUAUUGGACCAAGAGGAGAGAAAGGAGUUGAGGUCAGAGGUUAAUCUGUUUGUUGUCUUAUCUCAUCUGACAUAAUAGUUCCAAUCUGCACCGAUUAACAACACUGUUUGUUGACACAAUAGGGAGCUCAAGGCCCCCCAGGACCUCCAGGAAACAUGGUGAGUCCUGAUAAGAUUCUAACUCUUUUAAAAAUAAUAAUAUAGUAAUUUAGCAGAGGUCAACACAUAUGGCCUCUGUGGGAAUCAUACCAAACAAAUGGUGUUACAAGUACCAUACUCCAACUGAAUGAACCAUCAGAAUCACAUACCGUAGCUAGGUGGUUAUCUAAAACCCACUCUACCCAUAUUUCUCUCUGUUUGUAUCUCUCUAACUUCUACAGCGCGAUACAGAUAAAAAGCUUAAAGGAGAAAGAGGAGAAAAGGUAUGUAUUGCUGUAUGAACACAUUUUUGUAUGUAUACAUUACAGCUCUCUCUCUCCCAGUUCACCUAACCUUCCAGUGUCUGACAUCACCUCCUGUGUCUAGGGGGAUGCUGGCGAUCCGGGAGAGCAUGGGGGCAAAGGUCAGAAGGGCGAGGCAGGGCCCUCAGGAGCCACUGGGCUCCGGGUGAGUAAGACCAUCCUUCCAAAUCUAGUAUCGUUGAGAAGCUUGAGUUUCCUGGCUACUAUAGUAUACUGACCUGUGAUGACUGUCUCUCUGUUUGUGUUCUGUGGUGUGUGUAAUUCUUACCCUGUGUCUUCUCUCUGUCUCACCUGCUCUGUUGUUUGUGUGUGUAGGGACUUGAGGGACAACGUGGACCUCCAGGGGCAAGAGUAAGUCACUGUCUGUCUGUCUGUCUGCCUGUUUCUGUCUAAUCACUCUAUCCCUCUCUCCCCCCUCUCCAUCUCACUCAUUGCUCUUUCUUUCUAUUUCUCCAGGGUGACACAGGAGAGAGAGGAGGCCCAGGAGAGAAGGUCUGAACAACACACACGACAGUGACUUCUCACAUUCUCACACAGGCUGAUUUUCAAUUGGACCAAUCCUGAUAGGAUAUGGUACUCCAAACUGGCUGGUGAUUGGCAGGUUGCGCUGUCCUUCAUUCCACUGGAUGCUGUUUCCCAGUCUGCAGAUUCCCAGUGGGAUGAAGCGCACUGGGGCCAGCUCACAGCAUCAUCACAGCCUACAGAAGCACUGAAUGAGAGACACAACGUACUGCUGUAUACACACAUACUGUACAUCCUAAAAAAUACCUUACCAUAGUCAUUUCCAAACAUUGAACUAACUCUGAGUAAUGAUGCUGGAGCACUGAAAGUCUGACAUAGUACAGUAGAGUAGAAUCCUUUGCAAAUUGUAUUCAGGUCCAAUACAAACACAGUGCUGCUCUUUUUCUGAUCAUACUGUAUGCAUCAAGUGUGUUCCUCUCUGUAGGGUGAGAGAGGUGCGUCUGGACUGGAUGGACGCAACGGUUUGGAUGGCAAACCAGGAGCACCAGGACCGGCCGGCCUGAGGGUCAGUACCUCUGUCUCUGUUAUUACUGCAGCUGUAACAUCUCAGGGUACUCUGAGCAUUACAUAAACAUUACUGUGUCUAGAUGUAUCUCAAUAAUUUUCCUUUGAUGUUACAGGGAGACCCAGGGAAACUAGGGGAUCCAGGAAGAGAUGUGAGUUCCAUUGAUCCCUAGGCCAGAAUCAACCCCUAGACUCGGGGUGCACAACCCCAGUCCCAGAGGGCUGCACUCCUGAUGAUUUGUGUGUUUCUCUAGCACUUUAAUUAGUCUGUUAAAGUCAAUGAGUGGAGCAAGGUGAAGCUGUUACCAUUUGUCAUAUCUGAUCCUUGGAGAGGUCCCAUUAAGAAGUGAGAAAGGACUUCAGGCUAGUGGAGGAUUCUCUAUCUGUCUGGAGAAUGGAGCUGGAAUGUAUAGUGGCCGCUUUACGGGUUUAUGACCAAUUCUGCUAUUUUGUAUUUUAAGAAAUUGUGCUGAUCUUAACUUUUUUUGUACGUAAUGUUUCCGCCAUCGCUUCCUAUGACCAAAAAGAGCUUCUGGACAUCAGAACAGCGAUCACUAACCUCGAUUUGGAUGAAGAUUUCUACUUCAACAAGUCGGUGGCACAGGACAUACUGCUCACCCCGGACCAGGCCCUAAUCCCCGACACUCAGAAGAGAAAGAGAUGUCGAUAUAGAGGCCGAUGUGUGGGCACCCUGAUGAAACUAAGGCAGCGAGUAAAUCAACCGCCUCGACCCUUCCCUCUGUUAAUAAUAAUAAAUAAUAUGCCAUUUAGCAGACGCUUUUAUCCAAAGCGACUUACAGUCAUGCGUGCAUACAUUUUUUGUGUGUAUGGGUGGUCCCGGGGAUCGAACCCACUACCUUGGCGUUACAAGCGCCGUGCUCUACCAGCUGAGCUACAGAGGACCACUGUUCUAUUGACGAAUGAACAAUCACUGGAGAACAAACAGGACGAGCUCGGUUUGAGACUAUCCUAUCAACAGGACCUGAAGAACUGUAGUAUCCUAUGUUUCUCGGAAACUUGACUGAACAAGGACAAGGCAACACUGAACCAUGCGUGAGAGAACCAGCUGUUCCGGAUGACUGUGUGAUCACGCUUUCCGUAGCCGAUGUGAGUAAGACCUUUAAACAGGUUAACAUUCACAAGGCCGCGGGGCCAGACGGAUUACCAGGACACAUACUCAGAGCAUGCGCUGACCAGCUGGCAAGUGUCUUCACUGAUAUUUUCAACCGCUCCCUGACCCAGUCUGUAAUACCUACAUGUUUCAAGCAGACCCCCAUAGUCCCUGUGCCAAAGAACACCAAGGAAACCUGUCUAAAUGACUAUCACCCUGUAUCACUCACAUCUGUGGCCAUGAAAUGCUUUGAAAGGCGUGUCAUGGCUCACAUCAACACCAUCAUCCCAGACACCCUGGACCCAUAGCUCCAACAGAUCCACAGAUGACACAAUCUCUAUUGCUCUCCACACUGCCAUUUCCCACUUGGACAAAAGGAACCCCUACGUGAGAAUGCUGUUCAUUGACUACAGCUCAGUGCCCUCCAAGCUCAUCAUAAAGUUGAGGACCCUGGGACUGAACACCUCCCUCUGCAACUGGAUCCUGGACUUCCUGACUGGACGCCCCCAGGUGGUGAGGGUAGGCAACAACAUAUCCACCACGCUGACCCUCAACACAGGGGCCCCUCAUGGGUGCGUGCUUAGUCUCCUCCUGUACUCCCUGUUCACCCACGACUGCGUGCCCUCGCACGACUCCAACACCAUCAUUAAGUUUGCUGACACAACGGUGGUUGGCCUGAUCACUGACGAUGAUGAGACAGCCUAUAAGGAGGAGGUCAGAGACCUGACAGUGUGGUGCCAGGACAACAACCUCUCCCUUAACGUCAGCAAGGCAAAGGAGCUGAUUGUGGACUACAGGAAAUGGAGGGCCGAGCACACCUCCAUUCACAUGCUUUAGUGGAGCGGGUCGAGAGCUUCAAGUUCCUCGGUGUCCACAUCACUAAGGAUCUAUCAUAGUCCAAACAUACCAACAAAGUCAUGAAGAGGGCACGAAAAUGCCUCAUCCCCCUCAGGAGGCUGAAAAGAUGUGGCAUGGGCCCUCAGAUCCUCAAAGUUCUAUUGCUGCACCAUUGAGAGCAUCUUGACUGGCUGCAUCACCACUUGGUAUGGCAACUGCUUGGCAUCCGACCGCAAGGCGCUACAGAAGGUAGUGUGGACGGCCCAGUACAUCACUGGGGCCUCAAUUACCUUGUACCCCUGCACAUCGACUCGGUACUGGUACCCCUUGUAUAUAGCCACGUUAUUGUUACUCAUUGUGUAUAUAUUAUUACUUUUAUUAUUAUGUGUUUUACUUUUCUAUUAUUUAUUUUAUUUUCUUUCUCUCUGCAUUGUUGGGAAGGGCCGUACGUAAGCAUUCCACUGUUAGUCCACACCUGUUAUUUCUAAGCAUGUGACGAAUAAAAUUUGAUUUGCUUGGAUUUAGAUUUUAUAUCGCUCGAUCUCUGUGCACUUAGUGUGUUUGAAAACUAGAGGAUGCUGUGUGGUUUCAGCCCUCACCCCUCCACUCUGUUGGUCUCUCUCUCUGUCUGUCUGUCUCACCAGGGGCUGCCAGGACUGAGAGGUGCACAGGGCCUCCUAGGCCCUAUUGGGCCUGUAGGAAAUCCAGGCACAUCUGUGAGUUUGCAACCACACACACACAUGCACACACACACCCACACACAGCUAAACCCUCCAAAGCACUUGACUCAUUGAUGUCUCAUCACCCUAAUUGGUGUGUUUUAGGGCAAAGCAGGAGAAGAUGGAAAACCAGGGGCUGCUGGGAAAAUGGUAAGGGAUCAGUCAGACCUCUAACAUAGCAGGGCAUUACUAUACUACACACACACUACAGGCAAUCAUACCUGUGUUUGAUUAAUUACAAACUCAAUGAAAACAAUUAUUGAAUUGGAUGCUAUUCAGUGCUAUUCAUUAUGAGAUUUAUCACCAGUGAGUCCUAUGUGUCUCUGUCUAUCUGUGUGUAAUUACCAUUAGACAUGUUUGUCACAUCCUCUGGUGAAAGUGCACUGAUCAGAUGGGAAUGUGAGGCUUUUAUUCCACCUGAGUGGCUGUGCUGCAUAAUAAUUGUUGUUCGUUCCAAAUGGCACCCUAUUCCCUAUAUAGUGCACUACUUUUGAGUAGGGCCCAUAGGGCUCUGGUCAAAAGUAGUGGACUAUGUAGGGAAUAGAGAGCCAUUUGGGGGCGGUAUGUCUGUUUUUUAGUGUUAAGUGAGGAGGUAAUGGGAUGAUCAGACAAAGCCCCGGCAAUACAUUAUCUAUCUGACUGAGAGGCUCUGCUUGAUACAACAGCACGUUGAGUUUUGAUAAAUGCGCAUUUAAUCGUUGUUAGUAUGGUAUGUUUGUUAUUGUGUUGUUGUGUUUUGUAGGGCGAGGAUGGCGAACCAGGGGAAGAUGGCAGGAAGGUCAGUGUUGGUCACGGCACUCAGGACUAUUCUGUAAACGCCCAUUGCUGUGCUAAUAUUGCUGUUAAUGUUCAUUUCUAGUUAAUGUGAGUGUGAUAAUAAUGAUGUUUUUCUACCUUACAGGGUGACAAAGGAGAGGCUGGGGCUGCUGGAAGAGACGUUAGUAACUUGUUACCUUGUAUCUUUAUCUCGCCACCCUCGUUCUCUCUCUCUCUGUCUGUACAAUGUCCUUUUUUUCCUCCCCUGCUGUCUCUCUCUUCCUCUCUCUCCUUAUUUCCCUCCGUCUUCAUCAAUCCUGCUCUCCUCGGCUCCUGAGUGUCUCUCAUUAUCCCUCUUCCAUUCUUUUCUCGCCUUCAACUCCAGUCCGAGUGUGUGUUUAUUAGGCGUACUUUACUCGGACAUUGAUAUUACCAUCACACCCUGCCUUCUCGGUGGAAUCAAUAGCACUCUAAGCAUCAGCCUUAUAAAUGCAACGGUGUCUAAUGAUCAAGCCCUGCCUUUGAGCGCCAGCCACUUCUGAUAGGGGAUCCACAGGGGCACAGAAUGCCAAGACUGUAGUUUCAUGUGCAAAUUGAUAUUAAUCAUCUCUAGGACAUCAGGGAAGAUGAUGAGGUGGAUAGGGGGAUAGGGCUCACCUGCUUUGAUUUCCUCCUUUCUAGUUCAGGCCAGAACCCUUAGGAGUGGAGUAGAGUGUCCGUGCUGGUCUGAAGUUGUUGUGUGCUUGUGCAUUUGUUUCAGGGUCGUGACGGGCUGAAGGGAGACCGGGGCCUUGCAGGGCCUACAGGGCCAACUGGUCUAUCUGGGCCCCCAGGGAUCCCUGGCACCAUCGGACCUCCAGGACAGGUACAGUACAGCCAUAUGGUUCUGCUUCCUCAAAUAUAUGUGUGUGUCACUUGUCUAUGGUGCUCUGAUUAUACAGUAAUCUCUCUCUCCCCCCUCUCUUCUUUCUCUCAGGUGGUCUAUGUGAAGGGAGCUCCAGCACCAUCUAUCCCUGGCCCUCAGGGGCCUCCAGGAACCCCAGUGAGUUACUAUGUUGAAUAUGAGCUGUGCAUCAUAGCAUAGCCCGGUGUAGCAGUACUUGUCUUUAGUAUGUUACUAAUCACUGAUAGUGAUUCCCAUAUCUCUGUCUCUCAGGGUGUGCCUGGAAUCCCAGGGGCUGUAGGAGCCAGAGUAAGUUUGUGUCAUCGUCAAAAUCUUUAUUCAUAUACUUGGUCCAGGUUUCUCCAUCCAUCCAUCUGUCCUUUAGUCUGAUCUUUGACCUCUCACUGACCCUCUCACUCUUGUUUCAGGGAGAGAAAGGAGCAGUGGGUGGUAAAGGUGAAAGUGUAAGUUUUUGUUGUACGUGUGUGUGUGAUUACAUCUUGCAUAUGAAUGUACAUACAUGCUCUUUUCUGAUUAUCUAUCUGUGUGUAUGGGUUUGUGAAUCUUCAAUAAAGGUUUGGGUGGGAUGUGAUUGUGUGUGAGAGAUAAUACUGAUGUGAGAUGUUAUUGACAGGGUGACCCAGGAGAGGACGGGAAACAGGGCAGGCCUGGAACAGCAGUGGUAAGACAACCUGACCUGUACACACGAGAAGCCUGACUGACAUACUGUACAAGAAGAGCUACAGACACACCUUGUGUGCUCCGGAGCUUUUACAUUAUGUUAAGGAUGCUACGAUUUACAGCUGUUUUGGCAUGCAGAUUAGCUUACGUUACACAAGUGUUAGCCUAAUCAUGUUCAGUAAUAAGUCUCUCCUUGACAUUGUUUGUGCCUCUCUCCUAUCAGGAUGUGCAGAAGGCCCUCUCUAACCUUGGCAUCGAGGUAAGUGGAUACUAAAUCUCUGUAAUAUCAAAUCAAAUCAAAUCAAUUUUUAUUUGCCACAUGCACCGAAUACAACAGCUGUAGACAUUACCGUGAAAUGCUUACUUACAGCCCUUAACCAACAAUGCAAUUAUUUCUUAAUAAAAAAAGUAAAAUAAAACAACAACAACAAAAAAGUGUUGACAAAAAAAGAGCAGAAGUCAAAUAAAAUAACAGUAGGGAGGCUAUAUACAGGGGGGUACCGGUGCAGAGUCAAUGUGCGGGGGCACCGGCUAGUUUGAGGUAAUAUGUACAUGUGGGUAGAGUUAAAGUGACUAUGCAUGAAUAAUUAACAGCAGCAGCGUAAAAAGAUGGGUGGUAGUGCAAAUAGUCCGGGUAGCCAUGAUUACCUGUUCAGGAGCCGUGUGGCUUGGGGGUAGAAGCUGUUGAGAAGCCUUUUGGACCUAGACUUGGUGCUCCGGUACCGCUUCCCUAGCGAUAGCAGAGAGAACAGUCUAUGACUAGGGUGGCUGGAGUCUUUGACAAUGUUGAGGGCCUUCCUCUGACACCGCCUGGUAUAGAGGUCCUGGAUUGGCAGGAAGCUUGGCCUCAGUAAUGUACUGGGCCGUACGCACUACCCUCUGUAGUGCCUUGCGGUCGGAGGCCGAGCAGUUGCCAGGUGGUGAUGCAACCAGUCAGGAUGCUCUCGAUGGUACAGUUGUAGAACUUUUUGAGGAUCUGAGGACCCAUGCCAAAUCUUUUCAGUCUCCUGAGGGGGAAUAGGCUUUGUCAUGCCUCUUCACGACUGUUCUGGUGUGUUUGAACCAGGAUAGUUUGUUGGUGAUGUGGACACCAAGGAACUUGAAGCUCUCAACCUGUUCCACUACAGCCCCGUCAAUGAGAAUGGGGGCAUGCUCAGUCCUCUUUUUUUUCCUGUAGUCCACAAUCAUCUCCUUUGUCUUGGUCACAUUGAGGGAGAGGUUGUUAUCCUGGCACCACACGUCCAGGUCUCUGACCUCCUCCCUAUAGGCUGUCUCAUCGUUGUCGGUGAUCAGGCCUACCACUGUUGUGUCGUCGGCAAACUUAAUGAUGGUGUUGGAGUCGUGCCUGGCCAUGCAGUCAUGGGUGAACAGGGAGUACAGGAGGGGACUGAGCACGCACCCCUGAGGGGCCCCCGUGUUGAGGAUCAGCGUGGCAGAUGUGUUGUUACCUACCCUUACCACCUGGGGGCUGCCCGUCAGGAAGUCCAGGAUCCAGUUGCAGAGGGAGGUGUUUAGUCCCAGGAUCCUUAGAUUAGUGAUGAGCUUUGAGGGCACUAUGGUGUUGAACGCUGAGCUGUAGUCAAUGAAUAGCAUUCUCACGUAGGUGUUCCUCUUGUCCAGGUGGGAUACGGCAGUGUGGAGUGCAAUAGAGAUUGCAUCAUCUGUGGAUCUGUUGGGGCGGUAUGCAAAUUGGACUGGCUCUAGGGAUAAUGGUGUUGAUGUGAGCCAUGACCAGCCUUUCAAAGCACUUCAUGGCUACAGACGUCAGUGCUACGGGUCGGUAGUCAUUUAGGCAGGUUAUCUUAGUGUCCUUGGGCACGGGGACUAUGGUGGUCUGCUUGAAACAUGUUGGUAUUACAGACUCAGUCAGGGACAUGUUGAAAAUGUCGGUGAAGACACUUGCCAGUUAGUCAGCACAUGCUCGGAGUACACGUCCUGGUAAUCCGUCUGGCCCUGCGGCCUUAAAAGUCUUGCUCACAUCGGCUACGGAGAGCGUGAUCACAUAGUCAUCCGGAACAGCUGGUGCUCUCAUGCAUGCUUCAGGGUUGCUUGCCUCGAAGCGAGCAUAGAAGUGGUUUAGCUCGUCUGGUAGGCUUGUGUCACUGGGCAGCUCGCGGCUGUGCUUCCCUUUGUAGUCUGUAAUAGUUUUCAAGCCCUGCCACAUCCGACGAGCGUCAGAGCCGGUGUAGUACGAUUCAAUCUUAGUCCUGUAUUGACUCUUUGCCUGUUUGAUGGUUCUUCGGAGGGCAUAGCGGGAUUUCUUAUAAGUGUCCGGGUUAGAGUCCCGCUCCUUGAAAGCAGCAGCUCUACCCUUUAGCUCAGUGCAGAUGUUGCCUGUAAUCCAUGGCUUCUGGUUGGGGUAUGUACGUACGGUCACUGUGGGGACGACGUCAUCGAUGCACUUAUUGAUGAAGCCAGUGACUGAUGUGGUGUACUCCUCAAUGCUAUCUGAAGAAUCCGGAACAUGUUCUGGUCCAACACCGGCUUUUUAUGAUGUGACAUUAAGUCAUAGCUGUGUUGUGUAUAUGAGUUUCCCUCACCUUGACCAGGCCUGGGUCGUAUUCAUUAGCUGUAGCAAAGUGUUUUAAAAAUUGUUUGAACUGGUAACUAAAACAAGCAGUUCUCAUUGGACAAGUCCAGGUAGCCCCCCCCCCCCCCCCCCCCUGUUUCAGUCCGUUUUCUUUCGUUUGAUGCCUGAUGAAUACAACCUUGACAUCUCUGUCCCUGUACUGCCUGUCUGUAGGUGCUGGACCUGAAGAUGGUUGUGGAGAGGAAGGAUGUGCUGGUCAAGCCUGUGGUGGAGAAGGCUGAGAAGGGCCAGAGAGGAGACAAGGGAGAGGCCGGACAGAGAGGACCAGCAGGGAUAGAUGUGAGUGAGUGGGGACCUUGAUGGUGUCUAUUUGGGGCCGUUGUGUUGAAUAGAGAUUAUAUCAAGACCCCCACACAAAUGGUGUAGUAGAGUGAACUCAGACAUGCUGUUAGUGUGUUUAUUUGACCCAUGGUGUAAUGUAUAUCUCUCUGUUUACUCUCAAAUUGAUUCUAUGUAUGAUUGCAUGGAUUUGGAAUAUAAUUAUAAUUUCUAGGAGCGUAUCUGUAAUUAAUGUCUUUACUAAUUUGCAUCUCAGGGUGCUCGCGGGAUGGCUGGGGAGAGAGGUGUGAAGGGAGAGCAGGGGGAACAGGGGCCUGUAGGGGCCACAGGACCCAUAGGGAGGGCCAUCGGAGAGAAGGGCCCAGUGGGGCCCCCGGGACAGGCUGGAGAGCCAGGAAAACCUGGAAUACCUGGAGUACCAGGGAGAGCCGGAGAACUGGGAGAGGCUGGACGACCUGGAGAUAGGGUGAGGAAGAGAAGGAUGGGAGGAAGGAGGGGUUCAAGGACAGGGAGAAGAGAGGAGGAAUAUGAAAGAAGAGGAAGAUCAUGUGAAUAAGAGAUGUUUCAUGUGAUUCCACUUUGACUUUCAGGGGGAGAGAGGAGAGAAAGGUGACAAAGGAGAGGCUGUGAGUAUAUUUGUCACCACAAUAAUCAUCAUUCAAUGGACUGUAUAUAUGGAUGUUGACAUGCGCAUUACUGUUCUCAUCUGCAGGGGGGAAACGGGCUAGUUGGAUUAGUGGGCCCUCCUGGACCAAAGGUAUGUCCCUGACCUGUACACACUACUACUUUCUAAUGAGUCGUCAUUACGGUAAACAUAUCAUCGUUUAUCCAGAGGCUACUGUUUGGAGUGUGUUUAGUGGGGGGGGUGCGUGUGUGUUUUAGGGUGCUUCUGCAGAAGUGGGUCAGGCUGGACUCCCCGGAGCAAGGGGGCUCCCUGGGGUCGCAGGACCGAAGGGAGAGCCUGGUGCUUCAGGACCACAGGGAUCCAAAGGAGACGGGGUGAGAACACCUAACUCAAUAUAUUACAGUACUUCAUCAGGCAGGCUUCAUGGUGUUGCUGUGUUUAACCUGCUGUGUCUGUGUGUGUGUGUGUGUUGUGUGUGUGUGUGUGUGUGUGUGUGUGUGUGUGUGUGUGUGUGUGUGUGUGUGUGUGUGUGUGUGUGUGUGUGUGUGACAGGGUAUUGCAGGUCCCCGUGGAGAUAAAGGCGACCAAGGUCCAUCUGGAGAGCAGGGACGUAAUGGCUUUCAGGUGAGUGUGUGCUGCCCUGACCAAAGUGUUGGCACUCCCUGAUGCAGGUUGUUUUACCCCUCUUCAUUGUGUUAUUAUGGUUCUGCAGAGGUUGUAAAGACAUUGUUGUAAUGGUAGCUAAUAGUAAUCAGGUUGUGUUUUGGUUAUUUCAGGGGACAGCAGGAGAACCUGGCAAACCGGGACAGGAUGGGAAGCCGGUGAGAAGAGGAGGGGUGGUGGUGUUGAGGGGGGGGGGUUAAUUGAUAUCAACAAUCAUACAGGUAUACUGUGGUACUUGUUCAUUUAUGAUGCCUUUUAGAUAUUACUGCAUGGAUGCACUCAUCUGUUUUCAAAGAGACCGCUUCCAGGAGACAGAUCCCAGACAUCAAAAGAAAACACUGUUUUUAGUUCUUCAAUAGCUUGGUUGUACUAUAGUUAAGUAGAUAAUGUUGUGUUUCAGACACAGUGAUCAUAAAAUGUCCAACCAUACAGUAGGUGAGUAUGAUAAUCAAUGAUGUUGUGUAAUCAGCCGGGACUAACUAGGGCCCAGAAUGUCCCUGGUCUGGAAGAACUCAGGGACCUAGUAGUCAUAACAUGUGCAGGAGGAGGAGAAAGAUGGGUAGAAGGAGAAAGCGAAGUGAAGGUGUGGAGGGGGAGAGAGAAGAUAAGAUAACUCACGCUUCUUGUUUCAUCCCACAAUGUUUCGGAGCAGGGUCCACAAGGGCCAGCUGGUCCUCAAGGCCGCUCAGUGAGUAACAGUAACCCAGCCAGGCAGCCUCCUUUUGGGCUGGUCCUGCAUAUGAAAGCCAGUGGAUUGGCUGCGAGCGCUAGGCAGCCGAUGGAGCUGAUGGAGCUACUAUAUCUGUUUCCUUUGGGCUGAGGCUACGUAGAACCUUUAGACAGGAACCUUUUGCAGCUCUGCUUCUAACUACCACUCCCACUCCCACUUUCUUCUUACCUCCCCUUUCAAUAUAUCUUAUUUUGAUCUAUUUUACUCCCUUUCUGUCCCUCCCUCUCUUUUCAACACUUCAAACUAUCCUACUCUUUCCCUUCUUCCUCUCCCCCUCCUUCUUCCUCUCCUCCCUCUCUGACUCUAGGGCCUGCCUGGGUUCCCUGGAGUGCUUGGCAGACCGGUAGGUUUUUUCUGUGCUGCUGGCAGGCAUGCUUGUGACCAGUAGGAGGGGCUGGGGGGUAGGGUGCAUGUUUCGGAAGGAGGUGUACAGGGACAACGCAUUGUAGCAGAUGGGGGGGCCAUCUCCCAGGGGUCUGAGACUAGAGUUGGGCCUUGAUAGGAGACUUGUGACAUAUUAAUCUGGACCACUGGUUUCCAGAGCACCCCUGUCAUAUCCAAGAUGUCUAGAAUGUUUAAUGUAUUAAACACCACACAUCGUUACCUGAGAUAAGAAAAAAUAUGAUAUGACAAACAGUAGCAUACACUAGCAAAUAUCAAAUGGACAUAAUAGGGUAUAUAGUGAAUACUGAAAAAUAAUACAUGUUCGUCAGAUAUUUAACAGAUGUAUUUUGCAUUUGAGAGGCUUGAGUCUGCUGGCUUUCUGUGCAUGUGGCUUCACCUGCUCUGUUGUCUGCUUCUUAGCUCUCCCAAAGCACUGUUUGCACAUUGUAUACCAUGUGUGUGUCUUUGUGUGUUGUGCAUGAAUGCAGUUGUGUAUUGUGUCUAUGCAGUUUUGGGUUGUGUAUUGCGUCUAUGCAGUUGUGGGUUGUGUGUGUGUGUAUGCAGUUGUGUAUUUGUUUGUGUGUGUAAAAAUGGUUGGGGGGAUGUUCAUGUAUGUACUGUGUGUACGCACUUCUCUAUGUGUGUAUGUGUCUUUGUCUCUGUACAUAGCAUACAUGUACAAUUUGCUGUGUGUUUGUGUGUUGUAACUUGUAUCAUGCUUGUGUCAUUCUGUGUGUGUGCUAUGUCUUGGUCAUGUGAAUCCAGCAUGUUCUUAUCUCGUUUGCAGGGAAACCCUGGAGAACCUGGAAUUAGAGGGUCAACUGUAAGUAUGAUACUCUCCUCUAACACACGCGCACACACACAGCGCUGUAAGUAUACUGAUGCUAUCGGUUUGUAAUUGUAGGGUCCGAUCGGUACCAACGGGCCUCCAGGUCCACCUGGGGUAAAGGUGAGAACAUCUUCCAUGUAAUUUCAAUGUAAAUGUACAAUAAAGUAUAUCGUAUCGUGUCUUCCAUAAUGAAUAGCUACCUAUUUAUUCUCUGUGCCAGCUCUGAUGCAUUGAUUAGUGUAGAUAUGGCUUAGGCUAUAGUAGCUUAGUAUUACGACACUGGAAUGAUAUGAUCAUUGUAAGUGUAUACCUUUUUCUUCUGAGAGUGUCUUUUUAUCUCUGACAGGGUAAUCAAGGAGUGCCUGGGGUUGGCGUUCAGGUGACACUUAUUUUAUGUGUUAUAUUGUGUAUUUUGUCUUAUAUGGAUUCUAUAUAUUCCUGUUGUUUAUUGCCUCAGUGUUUAGGCAACUACUCACCCAUCCACAGUCAAAGUCACAGAGCUUUAUAAUAAUCUAUUUGAAAUGAAUCUCCUGUUCCACAGGGACUGUCUGGUCCCCAAGGCAGCAUGGGACUGCCGGGACCUGGAGGGACUCCUGGAGCUGUGGUACGUGAAAACAUCAGUCAUCUAUAAACCAACUCUCAUACUGGAGAUUUUAGCAGGCUAAACUGCUGCUCUUGUAUAUUCCCAUUGGACUGGGGAUUCCUCGUAUGCUCACACUUUCCAUUUAGGCCUACUGUAAUUCAACAGGCCAUUGACACAGUAAUGUGUGUUUAAUAUUAUAUGAUGUAUCGUAAUGAUACUCUCUCUUCGCAGGGUCCAUCAGGACCUCCAGGUCUACCAGGGCAGACGGUGAGUACAGCAGCUCCGUGGGACUCACAGCUCACAUACUGUAGAGCCAACACACUCACACACACACACCUCCAUCACCACCAUAGUUAACACACACCAAGCAAUUCACACACAUCAGUUUUGGUGGUGACAUGCAGUGUGUCUCUCUCCAUAGGGCGAGGGGGGCAAGCCAGGGGUCCCAGGAAGAGACGGAAUACCUGGAAAAGAGGGAACACCAGGGUUGCCAGGCAAACAGGUGUGUACUGUAUGGUAUCUGACUUUCUACAUCCUACUGUGUUUAUAGUAUGUCUUAUGAUGGCAUCCGCUUCAGUGUGGAUUUGUCUUUGAUAAUGAUUUUCAGACUGCUGCUUUUGUUCAUUAUCAAACUUUCUUCCCUCCUGCAGGGAUUCGCUGGACCAAUGGGCUCCACAGGGUUGAAAGGGGAGCAGGGGGACAGUGGCCCCCCAGGAAAGGUGAGUGAGAGGGGAUCAGGGAGGUGAUGUGAGGUUGGAUUGAGCUCUCCUUAAGGCUAAUUCAGAGUCCACAGCCGCAGAGUCGCAAUAGUCCAUUGUGAGACCACCGUCCACGGGGGAUGCACAGCCCGACCACGCACCUCUCAACAUUUCUAACCAACGUGGCUCCGCGGACGCAGUUCCUAUUCAUUUCAAUGUGGUGAUGGUUGGAGAAAUUGCUUGAGCUGUGCUGAGAAAUCAAAAACUAUGAAAGCCAAUGGUCCAAUGUUCUAGAACACUGCUGUGCGGACCCGUACACAUUUUGGACUCUGAUAAGUGCUUUAUUCAGAAGCUCCAGCUGCACAUUUAUCCCUCUUUUCUUUACUGUAAAUGGCCAUGACUCACAUCCUCUUUAUACAACGUCUCUCCAACUGAAAUAAGAGGUAAUCACUGGCAUGAAUAGGAGGGCAGAGACACAUGUAAACAUACGCAAACAAUGACACACCAAUGCUCAAGCAUACUGUAUGUGCACGUGUAAAGGAUGUCACGCUGCUUGCUUAGCAAGUACCACUUUCUCCUGAUUCGGCUCUAACCAGGGCUCAAAUCCAGGACCUCUACCUUGCUAGCACACGUGACCUCCCCCUCAAGUGUCUUACCAGUCAGUGCCAUGCGAAAAGCUAGCAAUUCGGCUGCGCAAGUGGCGAUACUUCAGGCUGAGGAGUAAGUUUCACACAUCCCCAUGUGCUACACAUGCAUGAAUGCACACACACACACACACACACGCAGCAUAUGUUUUAGUAUCCUUGUUGAGACCUAAAAUGUAUUUCCAUUCAAAUCCUAUUUUCCCUAACCCUAACCCUUAUCCUAACCUUAACCCUAAACCUAACCCUAACUCCUAAACCUGACCCAUAACCCUAAUUGUAACCCUAAACCUAACCCCUAAGCCUAAAAUAGCCUUUGUCCUCAUGGGGACCUGGGAAAUGUCCUCACGAGGGAGAAUUUUCCUUGUUUUACAAUCCUUGCAGGGACUUUUGGGGAUUUCCGGUACCCAUGAGGAUAGUAAUACAAGCCCGCACACACGCAUGCACACACGCACACACAUUCACAUCCUUCACAUCAUUCACCGGAAGCUUUAGCAGGAUGUACUGCGGUUCAGGAGAAAUAAGAGCUUUUGAAAGGACGAGAUGUACUGUAGUUAUAGACAGCACAUCUGUUAUUCUUUUCCUCUCUAGUUAGUGUGAAAAACCAAAUGACACUCCCGUUCAUGGUCUAAUGCUCUAAUGAAGGUCAAAAGGCCAAAACAGUAGCAUUAUAAAAAUGUUAUAUUUUACAAACAUAGUGGGUGGGAGUUUUCUCAAGUUUUUACUAUUGCUGUCCAUCUUCAGUGUAUUUGCAAACAACCUAAUCCAGAUGUGUGAGUUUCACGUCAUGUUCUCCCUCCCUCCAUCCCCUUUACAGGCUGUAGCAGGACCCGAUGGUGUGAAAGGAGCACAGGUGAGUGGUUGUCAGGUUUACUCUUCCAGUCGUGGUAACAUCCGGUUAGUGGUGACUACAACCUCGCCCUGUUGAACCAGUUUAUGGAGGCACAAUAGAUACAACUCAGAACCAGUGAAUCACCAUACUGAAUCAUACUGAAUCAUACUGAAUCAUAGGCCAACCAACAGACAUAUUGUAGACGGCUUUGACUAGAGCAGAAUGGCAUGGGGUGGUCUAGCAGUUAGGGCCACUGUGCACAAUCACAUGUGCCGUGUUGGCGUGAGUUCAAAUCCGGCCCACUGUCUCUCUCAUCUUUCCUGUCUCCCUCUAAGAAAGAGAAUACAGCAGAAUGGCAAUCCUAAGGUGAGGAACUAGGUGCAAUAGAAUAGGAUGGAACAGAGUUUAAUGUAAUGGGAGUAUGUUGGUUGUGAUUGGUUCAGGGACCUCCUGGUGUGACCUUACCUGGGACAGUGGGAGAGAGAGGGCUGCCAGGGCUACGGGUGAGUCUGCUUGGUUGAACCAAUGAUUUACAUAUUUCAGCUAUUAUUCAGGCAAUUACUAUUCAGAUUACCAAACAUGAGCAAGAAUGUGUUUAGUGAUUUCUUGAUGACCACGUGUUUCUAAAAUGGCAUUUUUCUAAAAUCGUUGUCCUUUAGGGUGAGAGGGGUGACAAGGGUCCUGCAGGCAUCAAAGGGGACAGGGUGAGUAAUGUCACUUAAAACAACAUUAGUCGACAUUCACAGAUACUACAGUAUGACAGUGAUGAGGGAAAUGAUUGUGUGUGUGUCUGUUUCUGUGUCUUGUUGAAAUAGGGUGCUGCUGGUGAAAAUGGGGAGCCUGGAGAAGAUGUGAGUCACCUUUUGACAUUUUGUCUAACAGAUUCACGUCUAACAGAUGUCUGUCUUACUUACUUCUCCAUCCACUUUGUCUCUUCUAGGGGGGCAGAGGACCAGCAGGGCCUAAAGGAGACAAGGUAAUACACAUCACCAGCUGAUUCCCUGUGUUUGUGUUUCCCUGGCUGCUAACCAUGUGACAGUACUAACAGGAUUUGUGUUGCAGGGAGAGAGAGGCAUCGGACUGGCAGGGCCUCCUGGUCAGCUGGGACCUCAAGGGUUAAAGGUUACUAUCAUGGACUUGACAAUACUUCUGAAUGUUCUCAUAAACAUAUAUCACAUAUGUAGCUAUGUUCAUAUUAACAUAUACAGACUUCUCAGUUUCUGCUCUUCCACAGUGAAUGUGAACCCCUGUGUGUUUGUGUUUUAGGGGGACACAGGACACCCGGGCCCAGCAGGUCCUCCAGGAGCCCGUGGCGUAGCAGGGACCCCUGGUCUGGCUGGCCUGAGAGGAGAGAACGGAACCCCAGGACCCCCAGGACCUCUAGGACCCAGGGUGAGAGGGCCUAUAUCGCCAUGGUAGUUGGGUGACUGGUCUUGUCUUGUUAGCCCUGCUCUGUGUUGUAUGUUUAUGUUGUAUGUUGUCUCAUCUCCAGGGUCUCCAAGGCUUUCCUGGUCAGACAGGGACCCCUGGAGCUCCUGGGCCCCCUGGACCCUCCGGCCUAGCUGUAAGUAGCCUUUACAUUGAUGACUUAAUGAAGUGGGUGCGAGCGAGAGAGACAAAGAAAGAAAUAAUAUAAUAUAUUUUCUUAUAAGUAGCCUAGCGGUUAGAGCAUUGGGCCAGUAACCGCAAGGUUGCUAGUUUGAAUCUCUGAGCCGGCUAGGUGAAAUCUGUCGAUCUGCCCCUGAGCAAGGCACUUAACCCUAAUUGCUCCAGGGUUGCUUUCAAUAAUGGCUGAUCCCUGGUCGUGACCCCACUCGCUGAGGGUGUCUCAGGGGGAGUGGGAUAUGCAAAAAACACAUUUCCAUUUCACACCAGUACAAGUUAAACACGUGUGAAACAGGACAAAUGUAAGCACCCCUGUUUCACCUUUGAUUUAGCAGAUGAUGUUAUCCAAAGCAACUUAUAGUCAUGCAUGCAUUCACUUUUUAUGUAUAGGUGGCCCAGGGAAUCGAACCCACUAUGAGCCACGCUCUUCCAACUGAGCUACAGAGGACCAAGGAGAGAGAGAGACUUUGUGUGUUUGCGUUUGCGUUUGUGUUAUCUGUUAGUGUUCAUUAUCAAUAUUUCUGUUUUUCCUUACCAGGGUACACCGGGAACUGCUGGAGGCAAAGGGGACAAGGUGAGUUAAGAAAGAGAAAACACGUCUUCCAAACGGUAUAAUAUCUUAUCAAAUAGGAUGUGGUUACUCAUAAAUCUUCCUCUUUAGGGAGCGAUUGGAGCAGGAGUACCUGGAUUGAGAGGCGAGAGAGGAGACCCAGGACCCAGGGUAAAACCACAUCACCAUUUGAGUUGGAAUUGUAUCUAUAUUUGACUGUUGUAUUGUAGAGUUGUGUGUGUGUGUGUGUGUUGGGGGAUUUACAGAUUUGUGUGUCUGAUGUUUGCAGGGGGAGGAGGGUCGAGCUGGUCUAGACGGGGAGAGAGGACUAGUGGUAAAUCUCUGUAUUUUUCUCUUCUCGUUCAUCACUUAUUCAUCACUGUCUGUCUCUCCUGUAUCUCUACGCCUGUCCAUCUUAUCACUAUCUUUGUAGUGCUUCUGUCACAGUUUACAAUUUAUCAUUAGCAAUUUUGAGUCUACCACCUCUGUCUAGUGCUUGAUAAUUGCCUCACAUAGUUCUAUAGUGUUUGUUUAUUACUAGAGGUCAUUGAUUGGCCAAACCCUCAAUUUUGAUCCAACUUAAUAGAGUGAGAGAGAAAAUGAGAGAAGGGGGAAGGGAAGGCUGAAGUGAACGUAGAUAGAGCUCAAAAGAAAUAAAAGCUCAUCAAACAAAAGUUUGUGUGGCUUGAGCAGUGUACUUCAGAAAAUAGAAAUGACUCAAACGAAUGGAAAAGUUCUGAAAGCAAAAGACGUCGUCAUCUUCAUCAGCAUGAUGCGUAAACCUUUAAAUUGUUUCCAUCUCCAUCCCUACUAUACCUUUAUCCAUUAUUGUCAAACCCAUUAUCCCUCCAUACAUAGAACAUACAUAUCCUGUUUCUCUGAGUGCAGUAGAUUGCUCCUUACAGUGUGUUCUACCCUCCACUUUGAUCUAAUGAUAGGCCUCUGUACUACCAUAGCUCCUUUAAAAGCUGCCAGCCAGCCCCAGGUCCUCUGUCGCUAUCUGUACAUUAGUGUUACUGAGAGUAGCGCUGUUCUCCAAGGCAAGGGCCACUAAACCUCUUCACCUUAGCACUCAUCAAGACCAUACUCAGCCUCUCUCACAUUAGUUGCCUGGUAACUUCUAGAAGGGGGCUGGGUACUGUAGAGUGCCCAUGGCACUCCACUUUAAACUCAGAUGAGACACACACACAGACAGGAACUCACCUAUUGCGGUACACGCAUUUCUCCUACAGAAGAGUGCUAGUUAUGGUGCGUAUAGAGAGCUAUUUGUUGUAGUUUUGGACGAUUUCUGGUGAGGAUGUGCAUGUGGGAGUAUAAUUAUUUUUUUCUUGUGUGUGUUCUGUUUGAUUAAAUGUAUUCCUCUGUGUGUGUGUGUGUGUGUGUGUGUGUGUGUGUGUGUGUGUGUGUGUGUACCAGGGCUUUCCAGGUGGCAAAGGAGGCAGGGGAGAGAAGGUGACUAUUGUUCUCCACAGCUGUAUUUUCCAUCAUUCUCUCUCUCUUGCUCUCUCUCUCUCUCUGUCCCCUGAGCAUUCUGCUCAUGUAAAAUAAUCAAUUAAAUGAACAUGCCUGACUAGUGAGUCCUACUCUCAAUAUAUUUCAGGGUGAAUUGGGGCCGCAAGGUGACAAAGGAGAAAAGGUAUGAAUUAUAUUGUAUGAGUAGUAAUAUUGUGUGUGUGUACGUGGUAGAAUAAUACAGAGAAGUGUAGAAAAAUAGCAAAAGGGGAGACAAUGAAAAUAAAACCGAGAAAAUAUAAAAGUUGUGAAAAUAUUUUCUUUAACCUAGCUAUCUUACAAUUAUGUUGUUCCCUUGCAGGGCGAUACUCUCCUGGUGGGAGGACCUACAGGAGAGAAAGGCAACAAAGGAGAGACGGUGAGUGACCCUCUCAACCCUCAAAACCUCACAGCACUGAUUAUUGACUAAUCAAAUAAAACAAUUGGUCACAAAAAUACCUCAGAGCAGCAAGUAUUGACUAUGCCACUGCUAAUCUGUGUGUGUGUGUGUGUGUGUGUGUGUGUGUGUGUGUGUGUGUGUGUGUGUGUGUGUGUGUGUGUGUGUGUGUAGUGGUCAUUUACAACUGUUGUUCUCUUCUUUAUCAGGGUGACCGAGGGCCAAAAGGGGGGCAGGGGGAGAAAGGCUUGAAAGGCAAUGACGGCCCAGCUGGGGAGCAGGUGAGGUUGGGCUUGACAAUGACAACAAUUAAUGGAGUUGGCAAGAGCACAAACAGCUCUGGGAGCAGGCUAUUAAUAACAGGAGUAUAACUGUAUGUGUGUCUCCACAGGGUCUGAGAGGUGAGCCAGGAGACAGGGGCUCUACAGGGUUCCAGGGGGCCAGAGGUCCAGGAGGACAGAAGGUGACUACAUCACCUGACCUUUAUCAAUGCUUUCAUCAUCACUGCUGUGUCAUAUAUGUCAGAACCAAUAUCAUCGAUAGUCAAUCAAUAUCAGAAUGUCCUUGGGUGUAUAAUGGUUGCAUUGCACACAGUUUUCCCACCCGUCGUGUGAGAAUGGAUCAUCACACAACAAUAUAUCCUGUGAAAAGGAACACAGUAUUGCUCAGACUGGAUGCUGUAGGUGACUGUUGUACAGAUGCAGUGUUUACAUUUACAUUUUAGUCAUUUAGCAGACGCUCUUAUCCAGAGCGACUUACAGUUAGUGAAUACAUUUUGUAUUUUAUUUUUAUACUGGCCCCCCGUGGGAAUCAAACCCACAACCCUGGCGUUGCAAACGCCAUGCUCUAUCAACUGAGCUACAUCCCUGCCGGCCAUUCCCUCCCCUACCCUGGACGACGCUGGGCCAAUUGUGCGCCGCCCAUGAAUCUCCCGGUCGCGGCCGGCUGCGACAGAGCCUGGAUUCGAACCAGGAUCUCUAGUGGCACAGUUAGCACUGCGAUGCAGUGCCUUAGACCACUGCGCCACUCAGGAGUGUAUAAAUAUAAAUAGUAUAAAUUCUCUGCGCCACUCAGUGUUCUAAUGGGUUUGUCUUUGUGUCUGUAGGGAGAGGCAGGCCAGCCUGGUGUACCUGGAGAAUCUGUGAGUCUCCCAUUUAACCUUCAGUUAUGAAAACAAUAUAUACUUUUUCUUGACCACAUGAACUGACGUGAAAAACUCUGGGCCCUAAUUAUAGCCUAUAACUAGGAUCUAGAGUGCUUCCUGGUCAGGUCACAUGGUCAGGAAAAACUUCAGGCCCUAUGACUAACUCCCCAUUCACUCCCCUAUUGAUCGAUAAAAGACUGGUUGAUUGUGUUUUUCUCCCAGGGUACACCAGGAAAAGAUGGAAUGCCAGGCUUUAGAGGAGAGAAGGGAGACGUGGGAAUAACUGGAAUGCGUGGAAUUAAGGUUUGUACGCCUGUGUGUGUGCAGCGUGAUGCGUCUGUUUGUGUAUGCGUCUGA